ACUUUGGCGAGGCAGGAACCAGAAGACCAACGCCUGCCUGCCUGCCUGGAGCUCCUCCCGCGCCGCCGCCUCCUCCUCCCGGCCUCCGUUCUUGGCGAAGCGUCUGGGCCGCUUGGCGAGCGGGGAGAGCGACGGCGCCGCCAUAUGCGCCGCACUGCGCCCCAGACGCCGCCGCCGCCGCCGGAGGAGCCGUGCCCCUGACAGCGCGGUUCAAUGGGCAGCUCCCACCUCCUCAACAAGGGCUUGCCGCUCGGUAAGGACCCGCCCGGCCAGGCCCUGCCUUGCCUUUGCCCUGCCUUGCCCGGCCUGCCUGGGUCGUGGCGCGCCGGCGGGCGUUUGGAGAGGCCGGCGAGGCUCCCUUCCCUUCCCCCCCCCCCCCUCGCCGCCGCGCGCGCCCGCCGCCCGCCGGGCUUUGUGCUGCGCGGCAUUGUGCGUCUCGGGGCGCCUUUCGGAGGCGCGAGCCAGGCCCCCCUGCGCCUCUCCGCCGGGCGCGCGCCGGCGCGCAAAAGGGGGCGCUCGGAGGCCGAAGGGGGGACUUGGAGAGGCUCCAGCGCGCGCGCGCGCGGGGGUCUGGUCUGCGCGGUAAGAGGGGAAGGCGGCGAGGAGGGGCGGGCGGCCCUGGCUUCCCCCAGGGCGGGCGAGGGGGUCGGGGCCGCGGCUGGAGGGGGAGAACAAGGCCCACCCGCCGCCGCCUUGCCCGGCCAGGCUGCUUCUCCGCGCGCGCAGAGGUUGCCAGGCGCGGCGGAGAGGAGGAAGGAAGGAAGGAAGUUGAGCGGGGACGCCGUGUCCCUGUUAUUACAGCCUCACGGACGGGAAAGGGUGGUUCAAGGCCUGCGGUGGCCUUCUGGAGUGGGCGGGCGGCCCCGCGUGUGCGUGUGUAUGCGUGGACCCGCGCGCAGCCGGCGGGCUUCUGGUCCGCCGACGUUCCGGAGGAUGCGUUUGUUGUGCAAGGGCCGCGAUGGCAACCUGCGCCCCAAAGCUCCACUGGCUGGGCUGGCCUCCGUCUCUGCUGGGAUGCUCCGCUGCUCCUAACCCUGCGGCUAGGAUGAGAUGUUGACACCGCAUGGAUGGAAGGAGGCUGUAGAAGGGAAAGGGGUACCAUUCCCCCCCCCCCCCGACUCGUAACUCUUUGUAAUAGAUGGCAUGCUGUGAAAGACAGUGAGGGGCUGGCGCUGCCCUUUUGGUUAGGGAACAAGGCAGGAACCGUGCUUUGAAAAUACGGUUUUGGGAGAUACUUUUAACGAUUGCCAGAAAGACAUUCGCUUUCCUGGCCGAGAUGGAGAAACUGCAAGCAAAUCCCCGUUUAGUUAGUUUUAAAAAAUGAAGCAUGAUGAAUCGGGUGGAGGGAUGUUGUUGUUGUUGUGUGCCACCGUCCCCUUCUGUUUUUUGCAAUGAAGCAAAAUAAAUUUGGUGAUGGCGCUUUUGAAGCUGAGCUACUCGGCUGCACCAUCGCUUAUGAAAUGAUUCAUGCACCUUAUACUCAGCAGGGCCUGUGUUCCGUGAUAUUAUCGAGUUCAGCCUCUUCGCAUGGCGAAGGAACAGAAAGAGCCACGCUGGUUUAAACAAAUAAUUCGCAGCAGUUUGGAAGGAUCUCCUAGCAUGGCAUACUUUCAGGCUGUUCAGUAAAUAACAGUUGAGGAACUCCUCCAGCUGACAAGAGAGAGCUUGUCUAAUUCUAAUCUGAUUAAGUGUUGUAUCUGCGCUGUUACACCGCUAACAGUGCACAAGGCUAAUAUUAGCAACACAGUCGGCAUAGCUGCUUUAAAAAUACUGCUCUCUAUAAAAUAUUCUGAUCAAUACGUAUUUUAUACUUUUUGUGUGUUAACAAGCUUUGUUAUUUAUUAGAUAAACUGGACAGAUUUAUCUACUACCUUUUUGCACAUUAGCAGCUUCCUAUACCAAAUAAUGCGCUUUUGUUUAUUUAUGUUCUAAUAGAGAAAGUAAUCUUCAUGCAGUGAUUUAAAAUUCAGACUUUGCCCUAGCACUUGUUUUAUUUUAUAAAAUGUAGACGGUUGUUAUAUUAGGUUGGGUUAUUAUUGAUUAAACAUAGCCAGUAUCUCCACAGACGCAUCUGAUCUGAUGCUUUUGCAGUUAUAUACAGCUUCAUUUUAAAAGCAAGUUUCAAUAAUUGCUUUUUUUAAAAAAUACAUAUGGCAUAGUUAUAAAUGCAUAACACAACAGUAUCAAGCUGCUUCUUAGAAAUUCUUGCUCCAAGAUUUUUUUUUUUUAAAAAAUUACACUUGAAAUGCAGAUUCUGAUCUUUUUUAAGGAGGUAUGUCAUGAUUGCUCAUUUUUAUAUGGAAUAUGGUGCCUAGGAUUAAAAUUAUUAAUAUGCAGAUGCCAUGGAUAAACUCCUAAUGGUUUUCGUGUUGCAAUCAAUUUGUCACAUUCACAAGAAGAAAAUCUGUCUUCAUUUAUGUAUAAGCAGUUUGCCCCAAAAAUACCUUAGGAAAGGAUUCCAUAUAUGUUACUAUUUAUUGGGUAGUUGUUACCUAAAUACUCAGCAUUCCCAUUUAUUUUGUAACUUACAAGAACAAGUUAAUAGUUUGAUAUUUUAAUUGGUGCAUUAAAUUACAAAGGGAAAUCCCCUAUUCCCUACAGUAAAAUGGCCCGGAAACAUAAAAUAUGAAUGCUAGAACAACUCAUUGCUUUAUCCAGGAUUGUAUUAGCAGAUAAAGUUGUCAAGAAUGAUCGAGAUAUUAAAGGAUGACAAAGCAUCUUGUAUAAGGUAGCACUAAAAAAGGAGAAGGAAACAAAUGCAGAAAGGGAAAGAAAUAUAGUUUGGUAUAAUAAAGGAAAUCUAAAUCAAUGCAACGAAAAGCACUUGAGGAAGGGUGAUUCCACUAUUAUUAUUUUUUAGAACAGGCCCACGUUUUCUUUACAGCUAAGGUCGGUUCUUCUAACUAGUCAAAUAUUUUGAUGAUGUGCAGAGCACAAAAAUCUUGAUAUCUGCAGGUUAUGUUCAGUUCCCUUUUACACAACCAAGCUUGAUGCAGUCUGCCUCUAGAAUUAAACUGGCAUAUCUAACUAUUAUAGCCGAAAGAAAUUGUUGAACAUCGUUAGAAUUGGUUUCACACCUUUACCACUCUACCACUGAAGAUAACCCACAUCCUUUUUAGUUGCUGAAUUAGCUGAAGUUGGAUGCACCCCACCCCCGAGACUGAAUCAAUCCUAAGGAUGACUUUCACUGCCUUGAUUUAAUGAUUCUAGACAUUGUGCAGGGUUUUGAAACUCUCUAGCAUAACCAUGGAUCUGGAAAGGCGGGUAGAAUUUCUAAGGCAAACCAGAUUGGGAGUAGAGUAGCUCUUGCAUCAAAUGUAUUAACUAAAAUUGCAUUUGCAAGAUUACCAUUCCUACUUUAAAUGCAUGCUCUUGUCCUAACGCAGAAAACGAAUUAUUUGACCACUUAAUAAGUAGGACACUGGUGGUUUUCAGACUCUGCUCCUUAGAAGCUUAUCAAGGGUUCUAAAUUGGCAAUGGCAGACAAGUUGCUCAAAAGAGAGCUUUUCCGUCAUUACCAAUAUUCUUUGCAAUGUGCAGUCAUGUGGGGCAAUGGGGUUAGGAGCAGAACACCCUCUCAGUUGUAUGGAACCACAGUUGUGUUGAAAAGGCUCCUGGAAAAUACUUCAGAAUCUUUACUCAGCCAAAGAAUUACUGUGCAAAGAUUUACUUGGUCAUUUGAGUUUUGAAAGCCAUUUAUGGAGGGCGUGAAUGUUUUUUCUAGCAAGACCUAGAACAAUAUAGUCCCAAGUCAAGGUCGGUAGAUCCAUAGUGGACUGCCAUGAAAAUCUAUGUAAAACAGACUUCUGAUUGAAAUUUGGAUUUUCAGUAGGUAGUUUUCGAAAGAGCUGGCCAACCCAGCUGAAUUGUAAAUUCCCAACAACAACAAAAAACGAAUUUCCCAAGGGGCAAGGUGAACUGUGCCACUUCCAAGAGGCAAUGAUUAUUUUGAAAGCUUGCAGUUCCUAUGGAAUUUCUGGAUAAAUCUGCAUUAGAAAUCCGGAGUGGAGACUACAUUUCCACAGAACUCAUGGAUCAUUUUCUGCUCUUCUCCUUUUUGCCAGACACUCCCAGCUGUGGCUGCAGUUAGAGAGCUCCAAAAAUCAGCAGCAGGUGCUGAAUAGCUUGAUUUGGGACAGAUAAUUAAUAAUGGUCCAUUUUUAAAAACUGCAUUUUUGCGCUGAUGGUCAGUUGCGCACCAGGGACUUGUAAGUCAAGGGUGAUAACGUUUGGGCUUUUAUUUCACGGUCCAGAACACUGAUGUGGUGAUGCACUUGGCCUCUGGGCUUGCAGCAUUUCAAGAUUGUAAAAUCCUGCAGUAGUUGGCAGCGGAAGGAGCACUGCAGUCAAAACCCAGAGCUUCUUAAAACCUCCUGCGCCCGGCCAACAUUUGUUUAAUGAAAAUGUAGUAAAGCAUUACACAUGCAGGUUGCAGCAGAGUCUAGAGCAGGAGGAGAACAUGAAAAUCCAAAGUUGGAAGAAUAACUGUAGUCAGUUGAUUCUAUAUUGCAGAACAAGGCCAUUUGCAUUUGGGACGGCUUCCAGCUGAACAUGAAAAAUGAGUCUCUGAUAAAUCCUCAUAAGCCUUACGGGGAAAAUGCCUUUAAAAUGUUAACAUAAUAAAAGUACUAAGAAUUAUUCCCAUUCCUGCUCCUGUUUUGGGAUGGAGGAAGUGGAUGAAUACCUUACAGUGGUACCUCGGGUUAAGUACUUAUUUCGUUCUGGAGGCCCGUACUUAACCUGAAACUGUUCUUAACCUGAAGCACCACUUUAGCUAAUGGGGCCUCCUGCUGCUGCUGCGCCGCCAGAGCACGAUUUCUGUUCUCAUCCUGAAGCAAAGUUCUUAACCUGAAGCACUAUUUCUGGGUUAGUGGAGUCUGUAACCUGAAGCGUAUGUAACCCGAGGUACCACUGUACUUACUUCGCCAAACCUUUAUUAGGCAUUACAAAUACAAGCCAUCAUAAAACAUCCAUAUAUACAAUUUUAAAAUAUAUAUAAAUAAACAGCCACGUAAAAAUAUGUAACAACAAGGAUAUUCAUUGGAGUGGAGGAUGAAAACCAACUUUUGAAUAUGUGUUUUACUGUGGAGUCAUAAUCUUGUUUUUAAAAUGUUUAGGAAAAUGAAUCGAAGGCCCGGAUCUAGAUUUUAAAAGCAUUUCUUUUACCCUGGCAUAUUAUAAAAAAGAUACUUUGUAUUGGAUAUGAACUUUUGUAUAUCUUUGGAUAAGUAUUAAUUUAAAAAAUGGUAUUUAAAAUAAAAGGGAAGGGGGCAUGAUAGAGGUCUAUACAUGGUUGGGAAGAAAUUGGUGGAUAAUACCAGAACCUGGGGUCAUCAAAACACAUUGAUUGACUGCAGUUUCAUAAAAAAGGAACAACUUUUUCCAAUGUUUCCAAAUUCUGGAAAUAUUUGCUAUAGGAUGUGGUGAUGUCAAUUAGCUUAGAUAACUUUUAAGUGGGAACUGGGCAAGUUCAGCUGCAGUGUGCAGUUCAGUUGCUGAAGUACAACAGUCAGACAGGACUUUUGCCCUUCUUCAGGUUCCUGAACGCAUCUGGUUGGGCCACCGUGGGAAAGAGGAAGCCGGACUGGAUAGAUCUUUUGGCUCCAGCAGGGUUUCCCCCUACGUUCGUGGCAUGCGAUGUGACGUGGGGUUGGGAGAGGCCUGCCAUUCAAAGGAGGAAAGUAUCCAUUCCACUUGGCGCAGCACAAACCAAGUAGUCCGCUUUGACUACUGCAAUGCGCUCUACGUGGGGCUACCUUUGAAGGUGACUCGGAAACUGCAAUUAAUCCAGAAUGCGGCAGCUAGACUGGUGACUGGGAGUGGCCGCUGGGACCAUAUAACACUGGUCCUGAAAGAUCUGCAUUGGCUCCCAGUAUGUUUCCGAGCACAAUUCAAAGUGUUGGUGCUGACCUUUAAAGCCCUAAACGGCCUCGGUCCUGUAUACCUGAAGGAGUGUCUCUGCCCCCAUUGUUCAGCCCGGACACAGCCCUAAGGGCCUUCUGGCGGUUCCCUCGCUACAAGAAGUGAGGUUACAGGGAACCAGGCAGAGGGCCUUCUCGGUAGUGGCGCCUGCCCUGUGGAAUGCCCUCCCAGCAGAUGUCAAGGCAAUUUUACUUUUAAAAGACAACUGAAGGCGGCCCUGUUUAGGGAAAUUUUAAAUGUCUGACGCUGUAUUGUUUUUAAUAUUCGGUUGGAAGUGGCUGGGGAAACCCAGCCAGAUGGGCAGGGUAUAAAUAAUAAAUUAUCAUCAUCAUCAUCAACCUUGACCAUGUCUGAAGUAGCACUCUGGGUCCUGUAAAAAAAUGCAGCGCCCUUCAGCAAUUAUGGCUAGUACAGUGGUACCUCUGGUUACGAACUUAAUUCGUUCCGGAGGUCCGUUCUUAUAAUGGUAUGGGGUUGCUCGUGCGUAAGUUGCCGCCUCUCCUGGCUAUGUUGCCUUGUUAAACCUUUCUGUCUGGACAGCCCUUCAAUUCGUGGCUGCCUCAGUCGCUAGCAGAAUCCGUCAGUGGGCGUUUCUUAAACCUUUUCCAACAUAAAAGUUGUUUGACACCCAGUCUCCUCCUACUUUCCCUGCGCAGAAGACUUCCGCGCAGAGAGGGCGUGGGUAGCGGAGGACCAGUGCUCUCCCCGCUGGUGUCCGGUGAAGAGUCUGGGAGCCCUCUCGCCGAUUCCCCCAUCUGCCCCUCCUUAUUCCUGGUGUUGCACUGAAUUGCUUCCCCAUCUGCUGAGCUGCCUCUCUCCCUGCUGGGCCCUUCUCCAGCAUCAUUGGAGAGCCUUCCCUCCACCUCUAGCUCCGAUGUCAGUUCCCUGACAGUUCUUAAGCUGAAACUGUUCUUAUUCUGAGGUAAUCGUUUGCUGCGUGCACGCCUCCAGCGCACAAUUUCCGUUGGCAUCCUGGGGCAAAGUUCGCAACCAGGAGCAGCUACUUCCGGGUUAGCGGAGCUCAUAACCUGAAGCGUUUGUAACCAGAAGCGUGCGUAUUCCAGAGGUACCACUGUAUCGCGGUGCUUGGAUUCCAACUGGGAUGUGCGUAUGUACUGCCAUCUGAUAGGACAGAGAUGAAUUCACAGCCUGCCAGUAAUUUCAGCACCUGAUUUCUGCAGGUGGUGUGGCCAUUGGUGAUGCAUGCAACCACAAAUGCCCCUUCAUUCAUUCCCUAACCCGUGCAACAUGUUUUGCUCUCUAUUCAGAGUUCACUGGCAUUGAACCUCAACAGAUUUCCAGGUAGCAUGUGCGCCGUGCCAUAUUCUUUUCCUCAGUAUUUUAGCCAAGGAGUGGGUCAUGUCCGAGAAAAAGAAACCUAUCUGCAUAGCAUUCUUUUGUUAUACAUCAUUAGUUUCCUCUCUCUUAAGAUGGAGGGAUACAUGGGGAAUGCCAGAUUUCGGAGGCACAGUGCUGGGAUAAAGCUGCCGCAAGAAUAAGUGUUUUCUGUAUCCAGAUUGGCCUCUGUCUGUGGGGGGAAAUGGUGCCUACGGCAGCAUCAGCUUGCAGUACAAUGUGCUGUGACUCAUUUUUUGAGCAGCUGAUGGAGACCAAUCUGCAGCAGUGUUGCUGCUGGUCCAUAUCCAAUGCAGCAGCUGGCACAGAGAGAAGGCAACAGUGUCCUAUGUGCUCAGAGCAGCUGCCUUGGAUUGAAGAAUGUGACAUGUUGCCCUGCAUCAAUUCUGAUAUCAGUUUUUGCACUGAGUUCCCAGACAAUACAGGUUUCCUGCUUUGUCAUAUAGACGUUUUGCCAGGACUGUAACCUUAGCCCAGGAGUCGGCAACGUUUUUGGGGCAUGGGCUGUUUUAUGAUCCUGCAGACGCCACAGUGGGCCGGAGUGCGCAUGUGUGUGUGCGCGCAUGCAUGCACAUUUCCAGCACUCCUUCCGGCGCGGAGGUGGCGUGUGCAGCUUCCCAUUGGCUGGAGGAGCUUCCUGCAGCCAAUGGGAAGCCGCCCAGCGUCACGGAAGGUGGUCUUGGCUCUGCUCUGCGCCGGUUUAGCAUGGCGCAUGGGAGCCAACCGAGCGGGCGGCAGGGGUCCAUGGGCCAGUUAAACGGUUAAAUGGGCCUUAGGUUGCCUAUGCCUGCCUUAGCCGAAGCAACAUGGUUUGGCACUGAUAAAAAGCCUGUCUUCAGAUUAUUCUGACAUUAAAAAUAUAAUAAUUAAAUUAACAGAGAUUAAAUGUGUUAUCUUCGGCUUAAUGAUGUACAUGUGUGCCAUUAUUACCAAUUCCCUUCAUUCAUUUAAUCUACUUCGCAAAUAACUUCAAUGUUUGCUGCCGCAUAUCUCUUCUCAUAUCAUUGCCUUUCCUGUUCAUAAGAUGAGAUAAAUAAUUGGAUUUGCUGGUAUAAAUUUUAUGUGUGUUUUUAUGCAUGUCUGCACCUGGAGGAAUAUUCAAACUGCCAGCUGGUCACUAGAUUUGGAGUUGACGAUUGCUGCUGCUUUUUGAUGGUGGUAGUUUUAUCUGCGCGAUUUGGUUUUUAGAGCUUUAAAACCAAGAAAGUUAGUUGAAUGCAGCCCAAUGUAUUUUAGAUCCACCUGCUUAGGGAAAAGAACAUUUGAGAAUUCCAGAGGGGAAAGCUUAACGAUAAUGGGUACAUUGUACUGUUUGUGUAGGAAAUAACUAAUUCAGGACGAGGGCUGUUUGGGAGUGAAGUAGAUAAUCUUCUUGAUUCUCCAGUGCACUGUAAAGUUUCUGAAACAUUCACAAUGGGAUUAGAGUCACCUCAGCAUUUUCAAAGGAUCACGUAUUAGUUUCCAGUAGCUUAACCUUUCUGCUGUUUGUCUGUUUUGACCAAGAUGAAACUUUUUUUUAUUAAAAAAACUGUUUUCUUCGUAAACAAAGGAAAACAUCUCUCCUGUGAAAGUGGAAAGAUGAGAACUUGGCUAUAUAUCCACACAUGCCUUCAUUCAUUCAUUCAUUCCGAUAGUAUAGCACUUUUCUGCCAAGUCUUCAUCUCCAUUUCUGCAAGGCUAUUCCAUCCAGGAACAUUUUCCUUGUUCUAAGCAUCCCCUGAGAGUGAGAUUGACUAGAUCAAAAGCUUGUAUAUGGUCUAGUCCGGUAAUGGCCAAACUUGGCCCUCCAGCUGUUUUGGGACUACAGUUCCCAUCAUCCUAGACCACUGGUCCUAUGGGAGUUGUAGUCUCAAAACAGCUGGAGGGCCAACCUUGGCCAUCACUGGUCUAGUCAACUUCGCACUCUACUUAGUACAGUGGUACCUUGGGUUACAGACGCUUAAGGUUACAUAUGCUUCAGGUUACAGACUCUGCUAACCCAGAAAUAGUACCUCGGGUUAAGAACUUUGCUUCAGGAUGAGAACAGAAAUCGUGCUCUGGCGCCGCGGCGGCAGCAGGAGGCCCCAUUAGCUAAAGUGGUGCUUCAGGUUAAGAACAGUUUCAGGUUAAGAACGGACCUCCGGAACAAAUUAAGUACUUAACCCGAGGUACCACUGUACUUAUAAUGAACUGCAAUGGGAUGUUAAGACAGGAACAGUCUCUUUCCGACGGACGGUUUGUAUCCAUCUGUCUCAAGAGACAAUGGAGGGGGAGUCCCUUCAGGGAUCGAGAGUUGCAGGGCCUGCUGUGGCUGUGGGGCCAACACAGGGGAGACCUGUUUUGUUGCAGUGGGGCAGAUGAAGGCUGUGCUGGUGCAGUUGGACUAUGGCUUUUCUUGCUUCUGCGCUCCUCCCAGUGGUCAUUUCUCCUCUGGUUACUGCUGUGGAUACACAGCCUGACGUGAGGGAGGCACUAAUUUCCUGCAUAAUGUCUCCAUGGUUGGUAAGUUAAAUUGGAGCAUUAAGGAGGAAUUUAUGCCUGUUGCAUCGGUCCUGUAUUCCACCCCCUUGUUCAGCCCGGACACUGAGGUCCAGCUCUGAGGGCCUUCUGCCGGUACCCUCAUUGUGAGAAGUGAAGUUACAGAGAACCAGGCGGAGGGCCUUCUUGGUAGUGGCACCCACCCUGUGGAAUGCCCUCUGGUGAGAUGACAAAGAUGUCAAAAAUAAACAACUAUCUGACUUUCAGAAGUCAUCUGAAGGCAGCCCUGUAUCAGGAAGCUUUUAAUGUGUGAUGUUUUACUGUGGUUUUAUAAUUUGUUGAAAGCUGCCCAGAGUCACUGGGGCAACCCAGUCAGAUGGGUGGCCUAUAAAUUAUCAUUAUUAUUUAUGGAUGGAAUAAUAAUAAUAAUAAUACAGCCAUACCUUGGGUUACAGACGCUUCAGGUUGUGUUUUUUCGGGUUGCGGACCGCCGAAACCCAGAGGUACUGGAACGGGUUACUUCCGGGUUUCGGCGGUCGUGCAUGCGCAGAAGUGCUAAAUUGCGCUAUGCGCAGAAGCACCGGAUCGCGCCGCGCCGCUGCGGGUUGAGGAUGCUGCGGGUUGUGAAUGUGCAUCCCGCAUGGAUCACGUUCGCAACCCAAGCAUUCACUGUAGUAGUAGUAGUAAUAAUAAUAAUAAUAAUAAUAAUAAUAAUAAUAGUUUUUAUUAUUAAUCUGUGCACAACCAGGUGGGAAGGUAACUUUCCUGUUUCAGUGAUGCUCAGUGUUUCUCAAGCUGUGUUUUCUGUUACUUUACUGAGGAAUGAGAGCACAUACAUGGAGCUAAUUAGCUGAUACUUAGAAUAAUAAAAUUGUAGAGUUGGAAAGGACCACGAAGACCCCCUGCGAUGCAGGAAACUCUGCAAAAGCCACCCAACCUCUGCUUGAAAACCUCCAAGGAGAAUCCAUCGCCUCCCAAGGGUGCCCAGUUCCACACCUGAACCGCUCUUACUGUCAGAAAGUAUUUCCUGAUGUUUAGUCGGGAAUCUCCUUUCUUGUAACUUGAAUCCCUUGGUUUGGGUCCUACCCUCCAGAGCAGGAGGAAACCAGCUUGUUCCAUGUGACAGCCCUUUUGGAUAUUUGAAGAUGGCUAUCGGUGCAUGUUAUUCCCCAGCUAAAGAAACGCAAAACAACAACGAUGAUGUCACCUUUCCCCAUAUCUUUGUAGCCUGGGGCAAUUGGUAAUUAGCCCAGACAAAGAUAUGAAUGAUGUAUUACAUGGUUGUAACAGUCAGUUUGAACUUUCUAAAGUAUGCGUGAGAGAUGAGAAGGCCGGGGUUUUUUUUCCUCCUUUGCCGGAAGAGCCCAAAAUUGCUUCUUCCUUUUACAAUCAAUGUUUUUGAUGGCUCUGAGGCUGAUCAUAGAGUUGUAGAGUUGGAAGGGACCCCCAGGGGUCAUCUAGCCCAACCCCCUGCUAGGUUGGAAAUACAUAGGUGUCGUACCCAAGUUACACUGAAGUUAUACUGUGGGGUGGAGAAUCACCUCAGCCCUGAAGUUGCUGCAUUAUUAAACAUUCUUCUCAUAGUCUUAAUAGAUAAGAACUUCUUUUUGUGUGUGUGAACGCUGUGAAUUCAAAGGAACCUAUGCAUAUUGGGAGGGCAAAAGUAGUCAGUGCUGCAGUAGUUAUCAGUGAUGUUGAUUCAGAGCCUGCCUGAAAAGUAUAGCAGGAUAGAGGAUGGCCCAUGUACUGAGUCAGAUUUUGGCCCAGCUAGCCUAGGGAUGUCUGUUCUGCCUGGCAACACCUCUAAAAGGUCUCAGGCAGAGCUUGAUACUGGCAAAAUGUGUAGUAGACCUCUGUGCGUUCGUUAUUGGGGCUGUGUUCUGUAAGGUGCAGGAUCCCCUGGUUAUAUAUAAAGGGUGGUAUAUAAAUUUAAUAUAUAAAAUAAAUGGAACACAGGUGGACUUAGGAGUAAAAAUGCCUAGUUCUGUGCAUAGUUGGGGAAAUUUAAUAAUGUCUUAACACAAAUAACAUUUAAACUACAGUGGUACCUCGGGUUAAGUACUUAAUUUGUUCCAGAGGUCCGUUCUUAACCUGAAACUGUUCUUAACCUGAAGCACUACUUUAGCUAAUGGGGCCUCCUGCUGCCACCGCGCCGCCAGAGCACGAUUUCUGUUCUCAUCCUGAAGCAAAGUUCUUAACACGAGGUACUAUUUCUGGGUUAGUGGAGUGUGUAACCUGAAGCAUAUGUAACCUGAAGUACCACUGUAUAGCUAAAUUAUUCCUAAACUUUGUUCUACCGAGAAUCACUUUUCUGGUGUCCAUCCUUUGCAAACCACCAGAUUUUCCCCCACUCCCACACAGGAGAAUGUCUGAAAGCCUGUUGAACAAAUAUGCUGCUUUCUAUUCUGGUGCAGCUUCACUGUACAGUGGUACCUCUGGUUAUGAACUAAUUCGUUCCGGAGGUCCGUUCUUAACCUGAAACCGUUCUUAACCUAAGGUACCACUUUAGCUAAUGUGGCCUUCUGCCGCCGCACGAUUUCUGUUCUCAUCCUGAGGUAAAGUUCUUAACCCAAGGUACAAUUUCUGGGUUAGCGGAGUCUGUAACCCAAGGUGUUUGUAACUCGAGGUACCACUGUACACUGAAAGAACAAAAUGAACGGAAAGUGGACUCAGUAGCAGAUAGACACAGUCAGGUUUGUUGCUGCUCCAGUUCUCCGAAAUGCUUGCUGUAGUUAGUCUCGUGACGAACUAAGUGGAUGGGUGCUUUAAUGGCCUCUAGGCGAUACCUAUAUUGUUGGGGUGGCCAGUGGUGCUGGAAUAUACACCUGUAGCACUGCCUGACAGCCAGACUCAAAAGAAACCUUCAGACAACCAGCAUCUUACCACCUUCGUCUUUUAAAUAAAGUAUUGCCAAAGAAUUGAUGCUUUUGAAUUAUGGUGCUGGAGGAGACUCUUGAGAGUCCCAUGGACUGCAAGAAGAUCAAACCUCGCCAUUCUGAAGGAAAUCAGCCCUGAGUGCUCACUGCAAGGACAGAUCCUGAAGCUGAGACUCCAAUACUUUGGCUAUCUCAUGAGAAGAGAAGACUCCCUGGAAAAGACCCUGAUGUUGGGAAAGAUGGAGGGCACAAGGAGAAGGGGACGACAGAGGACGAGAUGGUUGGGCAGUGUUCUCGAAGCUACCAGCAUGAGUUUGACUAAACUGCGGGAAGCAGUGGAAGACAGAAGUGCCUGGCGUGCUCUGGUCCAUGGGGUCACCAAGAGUCGGUCACGACUAAACAACAACAUUGUAGAUCGGGGUGGCUAACUUUCAGAAUUAAAAAGGGGGGUCGGCUCUAAGUUGCUGAGCUUUAUUUAGGGAGGAGAAAGGCCCUUUUUAAGGGGUUAAAAAAAAGCUUGGGGAGGGGGCGGAUUUAAGGCAAGGGACAAGGGGGUAAAGUCACUCACAAAAAAGAUCGCUAUGGAUCAAAACAGCAGCACAGAGAAAGCUCCAUCUUCCCUUCCAGAGAACAUACAACAAUGGAGGGCAGGGUGAGGGAGCAGGGCAGGAGUCAGUUUUAGCGACGCUAAGGAAAGGGAGCCAGAGAUCGACCGCGAUCUACCAAAACCUGGUGGGGAUCUACCAGUAGAUAGCGAUCCACCUGUUGGACAUCCCUGUUGUGGAUCAUCUGAAAGCAUUCCGAGGAUGCUGAUCUGAGCUAAACAAGAGAUAUCUAAAUUUGGUCUUAGCCAAAAGACCGAGAAGCGUUGAGUAACCCAGAGCAAGUCCUUAGAGCAAACAGCUACCAUUGUGGCCUUUCUUUGAAGAUGUUAAGCCUCUUUCUCUCUGUCCUCAGGGGAAAGAUUAUGGCCAGCCGAGUUAAAAUUCCGCUGGCUUUUUUUUUUUGGCAGCAAAAUAUUAAUUCCCUGACAAGCUUUCUCAUAGCUAUAUAAAUCAAUUCCUGCAUGGGGGGGAGGUUGACUAGAUGAGCCUUGGGACCCCUUCCACCUCUACAGUUUUAUGAUCCCAAGUUUCCCAAAAGGAAACCGUACUGUAAUUAAUAGCAGAGCAUUAAGAGGUUUUUAUCAGGAGCUUGAUUUGAGAUGUCAGAUUGCUUCUUACAUGAAGGUAACAGGCAGUUCUGCAAUGCAGCGGCUGAUGGUUAGGUCUCCACAUGCCAAGCUAAGCUACUCUUCAGCCACCGCAACUGGCAAGAAGCAAGUAACUAAAAUAACUUUAAAGCUCACUUGUAAAUGGGUAAAUAAACAACUUUUGCAACCAGAGUUGCACUCUUUUUAUACGUCUACUAAGAGGUUAGCAGCCCACAUUUCCACAGCCAGAAUGGAAAUGUAGGAUACCGGCUUCUUAACAGGCAAAAGUCUUCUGCGGGACUUGACAUCUUUCCGCAGGGCGUUCAAGACAGAGCUGUUCCACCAGGCCUUUGGCCAAGGCACAGCCUGACCCCCUCCUUUGGUAAUCCUCACAGAACUCUAGCCCAAUGGUUGCCAUUAAUUUGAUUUGAACUGAUUUUAUAAUGAAUUGAUUUUAGAAUGCUGUAUUAUUUUACUGUUGUUAGCUGCUCUUAUUAUUAUUUAUUACUCUACCGAGCAGGCUGGCAGAGGAGGAAAGUCUUCCCCUCUUCUGCAGCGAACAUGGAAAACCCAAGUUGACUGAUGCCAGUGGAAUGAAGAGAUCCACUCCCCUUCCACCAGCAAACUCGCUUGCAUGGGAUUCCUUGUUGCCUGUGGCUACCAGUCAAAAGGUUAAAGGCAGGGUGGUGGUGUCUCUGCUUAUGUGGGGCUUCCGUUCCCAACCACUGCACAUGUCAGCAGGGCGCAUGCAAGUCUGUUCUGUCCCAUUUCAGUGCUGAAAACAGUUGUGCUUGUAUUGAUCAGGCGCAAGUGGGGAGGUGCCUAUGGAAGUCUGCUUAGAAGUCUGCACCAAACCGAAGGUGUCUGAAUGGAAUAUGGAGAAGCCAGACCUUCUCUAAAUGUCCAUUGUGUGCAGAUGAGGAUGCACGACCACAUAGAACCAUAGCUGUUUGUGCAAAGGCAGGGCCAAUGUAGUGCAUGUGACGUAGGGAUGUGGUCAGCAGCGUUCUCGCCCCUCCCCACCUUCUUUUACAUAUGGGAAAUUGCUGAUCAGGGCUCAUGCAGAUCAAAGAAUUCCAAUUAAAGUAAAGGUAAAGGGACCCCUAACCAUUAGGUCCAGUUGUGGCCGACUCUGGGGUUGCGGUGCUCAUCUCGCUUUAUUGGCCGAGGGAGCCGGCGUACAGCUUCCGGGUCAUGUGGCCAGCAUGACUAAGCCGCUUCUGGCGAACCAGAGCAGCACACGGAAACGCCAUUUACCUUCCCGCCGGAGCGGUACCUAUUUAUCUACUUGCACUUUUGACGUGCUUUCGAACUGCUAGGUUGGCAGGAGCAGGGACCGAGCAACGGGAGCUCACCCCAUCGCGGGGAUUCGAACCGCUGACCUUCUGAUCGGCAAGUCCUAGGCUCUGUGGUUUAACCCACAGCGCCACCCGCGUCCCUAAAGAAUUCCAAUUAGCUUUGUCUAAAAUGGCCUGACAAUAUACCUCUUUGCAGCUGUGACGUAUCUGAAUAAGAACACAAGCUGUCAAGUUUCUUUAGAGUUUAGAUUUUAAAUGCAUUAAAAUCUUUGGAGUGUCUUAGCAGAUGCGGCACAAAACGAUCAGCGUUCUUGGAUCUUGAAACCCUCCCAUCGAAACAGAAUAUACGUUUGGAUGAUUACAUAAUCAUAAAUGGUGCACAGAAAGUAAAUAGGUCAGCGAUACAUGCAGGGUUGGCUGAUUUUAAUCAAGGAGAAUGACUUAGGUUAUUUAAAUAAGAAAAUAGAAUUAAAUAAUGAAUUUAAAUCAUUUCACGUACAUACAAGAAUAUGUAUUAAUUGCUUGCUACGGCAAUGAAGAUGUAUUCGUUUACUAGUGUAAACUAAUCCAUUUUCGUUGCCGUAGCAAGCAAUUAAUACAUAUAUUUUUGUACAUGAAGUGGUUUAAAUUCGUUAUUUAAUUCCGUCUAGAAGCAUAAUGCAAAAUCUCUGGUCUGCGGCAUACCUUGUGUAAUGCACAGUUAUAUGUGAUGUAGAGAAAGGAAGGAGGUGUGAAAUGGAAAGUUUUCUGUCUGCUUUUCUUUGAACAUACAAGGACAUCAAGCUAGAUCACUGACUUGAAGAGCCAGAACAUAGCACAGUUAAAUGCGUUGGAUAGUGCAUUGAAUGCCCGUAACUUCCCCAGAGGGAGGCUGGUAAUUACUAGGUAAAAGCCGUCCUUCAAUAUGAAAUGCGAUUGCUUGGAGAAAUAUCCCCCCCCCGCGUUUCCCCCCCCCCCUUGUGCGCAAAGCAAGCAUUAAUGCAGCAUGUUUGAUAGAGCUUGGUUGAAGAGAUGAAUUGUGGAUUUAAUAAAGGGUCAUGAGCCCAUACAGCAGAAUGGAUCCAAAUAAUGUCUUUUCUGAUGCCCGCUCUUAAUGGAUUUACGGAUUUAGUUUAGAUAGAUUAUGAGUUAAACAUCUGGCUAGUUUAGAUGACAACUUUGAGCUAAGCUAAGAACUUGGAGAACUUAAAGAAGAAAAGUCACUUAAUCCAGGGACAGCCCACAUACAUAUUGACUAUUAUUCUGACCUCUUUUUCUUAAUGGCGACAUGAACCAUUCAUAAUGUAAGAAUAUUCUUCAUAACUGUUAGCAGGGCAGUGGGGUGGGGUAAGUGAAGAGAAGAGACAGCAGUUAACUAGAACGUUGUUGCAGUUAACUAGAACGUUGUUCACCGCUCCUGCCCAGACAGCCCAGAAAAAGCAUUUUGGUUCCUGAACUUCAUCCUGGCGCCCAGGCAUCAUCACUUGGCUGCAAAAGGCUGAUAGCCAGGUGCAAAAUGCGCCUGGCGCCUGGCUAAUUUCGAACAGCGAUUAGAUGGCGCAUUCGACAGCAGCCUCCGUCAACCUGGUGCCAUCCUGGGCUCCCAUCAACCCUGACCCUUGGCUGUGGUUGAUGGGGGUAUAUGGGAAUUACAGUCCAAAACAUUUGGAGGGCACUAUGCUUACAAAUGCAUACAAAGUGGGACGCGGGUGGCGCUGUGGGUUAAACCACAGAGCCUGGGACUUGCCAAUCAGAAGGUCGGCAGUUUGAAUCCCCGCGACGGGGUGAGCUCCCGUUGCUCGGUCCCUGCUCCUGCCAACCUAACAGUUUGAAAGCACGUCAAAGUGCAAGUAGAUAAAUAGGUACCGCUCCGGCGGGAAGGUAAACGGUGUUUCUGUGCGCUGCUCUGGUUCGCCAGAAGUGGCUUAGUCAAGCUGGCCACAUGACCCGGAAGCUGUACUCCGGCUCCCUCAGCCAAUAAAGCGAGAUGAGCGCCGCAACCCCAGGGGUCCCUUUACCUUUAUGCUUACAAAGGCUGUUACAUAGUAAAUUCUAGUGCGUUUCCAUUUCGUACAUGGUUGCCAUUUCUACCCCACUUCCUUUGAUUCGCAGAAUUGCAGGGCCCAGUUUCACAAGAAUAACCUCUAGCACUCAAUCACAGAAAGCUUCGGAAAGCUGGGCUGUAAGUGAUUUUAAUAGGCUCAGAUGGCAUCAGGGAAUAAUGGUGGGGGGGAUACUAGAUGAUUUUAAACGCAACAUUUUUCUUUUUAUCUGUUCUGCCACAAAUAGCAAGUUUAGCUAAGGGGGAGAUGAAUCACAGCAAAAGCUUUACUACAGAGAAAACCUUCAGAAGUUGAUGUCUCAAGAAAAGGAAAGUUUGUCUCCCUCAGAUCAGAUGAAUUAGCUCUGAGGUGGCUUCCGAAUGUGCCGCUGAAAAUCAGAAGUGCAGAACGGUUUUGAUUUUGGGAAAACGCGGAUGAAGUACUCGGCUUUUUUUGUUGUUUUUUUUUAAAAUAAUGUUUAUUAAAGUUUCAAAGAAAAAAAAUCACAUUAAUAAAAAAAAUUAACAAUAAAAAGGAAAAAUACAAAGUAGAAAAAAAAGAAAAAACAGUUAAAAACAAUUCCAUCUUUUCCUCACUUCUUUUACAUUUACUUGUUUCCCGGACCUCCUCAUACCUCCCUCUUUUGUAUUCCAAUUAAAUUUGUUAAUCCAACAAUUCCUUUCCCUCCUUUUUAAUCCUAAUCCUUAGUCCUGAUAUAUUGUAACGUUAGAUUUUUACAUAUUAAAAACCAAUUUUUUCCAUAUUCUUUUGUACCUAUACAGCUAGAAACCACUUAACUUCAAUCCAACAUCAUUCUAACAUUCAUUAAUUUUACAAUAUUUCUGUAAGUAGUCUUUAAAUUUCUUCCAAUCUUCUUCCACCGACUCUUCUCCCUGGUCUCGGAUUCUGCCAGUCAUUUCCGCCAAUUCCAUGUAGUCCAUCAGUUUCAUCUGCUAUUCCUCCAGUGUGGGUAGAUCUUGUGUCUUCCAAUGCUUUGCAAUGAGUAUUCUUGCUGCUGUUGUGGCAUACAUAAAGAAAGUUCUGUCCUUUUUUAACACCGAUUGGCCGACUAUGCCCAGGAGAAAGGCCUCUGGUUUCUUCAAGAAGGUAUAUUUAAAUACCUUUUUUAGUUCAUUAUAUAUCAUCUCCCAGAAAGCCUUCGGCUUGUUUUUAUUUGUUGGGGUUUUUUUUGUAAAACAAGCUAGGAUUGGCCUGUGUAAUAAUAAUAUGAUCCUUCAAUAUGCCAUUCUACUGCUCCCUAGAAUUUCUGCUCAAGUCAUGGAUGUAGAAACCCAUCGAACUGUGCAGCUCUAGAACCAGUUUGCAUGUCUGAAACCGUUUCAGGCAUUGCAGUGUAGCCGUAAUUAUUCAAAUCAGCUGAUUGACGGGAAAAGCGUUGAGCAGGUGGGGACUUAAUCCCCCUGUCUUAAUAGUUGGUGGAUGCCAUUAUUCCUCACAGUGAAAACAAAGAGUUCAAUAUGUUUAAAGUUAUUCAUUUUUUUAAAAAACAACAACAACCCUCUCUUCAAGGUGUGUUCGAACUUGUUCUGAGGUGAUAGGACAAGCGCCGGUUUUUAGGAAAUGAUGCCAACAGAAACAAAAAGAGUGUUGUGAUUGAUGGGUACGGGUGUAUGAAGGUCUUGCCCCCUUAUUUUGUUGGCAGUAGAGGGGAAACCUUUGCUUCCUUUUAUUUAUCUUCUUGGUUCCUUUGUGCUAUUUAUCUGAAAAUUUUGGGAAAGAAUUUGGAAUAUCCUUGAAGAGACCCUGCUUUCAUGUGGCCGUAUGUUAGCCAAAACAUAAAUGUAAGUAAAAUUAUACUCGUGCUUUUCAGUCUUUUAUUCAAAAAUCUGUGCAAGUAGAUUGGAGAUCUCAGGUGAGCUUUCAAAGGAUCAGUAAGACCAUGAUUUCUCCUUACUUGCAGUGAUAAAUGCCUUUGUAGUGUUUUCCAUAUUUUAGUGGGAUGGCAGAAGAAACCUUACAGGAGUGUUCUUCUGCAUGGUAUUGUGUGUUGUGCAUCUCUGUGUCGGGAGUCGCAAACUUUUUUUGGACCGGUGGGCACAUUGUGAAUUUUGAGAAUGCUUUGGGUGCCAGUCACAAAUGCGGGGCAUGGCAUAACUAAAUUAGAAAAGAGUACAGUCAUUGACUCAGGGGGCACUGUGGUCUAAACCACUGAGCUCAUGGCUUGCCGAUCGGAAGGUCGGCGGUUCGAAUCCCCGCGACGGGGUGAGCUCCCGUUGCUCGGUCCCAGCUCCUGCCAACCUAGCAGUUCGAAAGCAUGUCAAAGUGCAAGUAGAUAAAUAGGUACUGCUCCGGCGCGAAGGUAAACGGCGUUUCCGUGCGCUGCUCUGGUUUCGCCAUGACCCGGAAAAACUGUCUGCGGACAAACGCCGGCUCCCUCGGCCAGUAAAGCGAGACGAGCGCCGCAACCCCAGAGUUGUUUGCGACUGGACUUAACUGUCACGGGUCCUUUACCUUUCCCUUUUUACGGUCAUUGAACUACCUCAUGCUUGUCGUGGGAAGUAGUCUGUGUCCUACUAGUCCUGAUUUGUGUACACCACACAAUAUUGCUUUUAUACACACACACACACACACACACACACACACACUCUCACACUCUUUUGCUUUCAAAUAAUGGAACAUUCUCCAGUUCCGGGGGGAAAACACACACACACACACAAACCCAGACACACAAUUUCUCUCUCACACUUACACACUUUCACACUUUGCAUAGUGACAAACUGCACAACCCCCUCCCCCUCUCUCUGCCCAAGCGAAUCCCUCUCAGUCAUGCACACACAGUCAUGUACCCACCCACUGACCACCCACAAAUUCAGAAAAGUGUGACGGAAGCGACUUCUAGUUCCAAAAAACAACAACACAAGGGCCACCAACCUGGCAGCUAUGGGCAUUCAGUUGGCCGUCUCUGCUCUGUGCUACCCUCUCAAUGUUUCGUUUUAAAUCCUGAAAGCAGAUAGAGCAGGGAUCAGCAAACUUUUUCAGCAGGGGGCCAGUCCACUGUCCCUCAGACCUUGUGGGGGGCCGGACUAUAUUUUUUUUUGGGGGGUGGGGAAUGAACGAACUCCUGUGCCCCACAAAUAACCCAAAGAUGCAUUUUAAAUAAAAGCACACAUUCUACUCAUGUAAAAACACGCUGAUUCCCGGACCGUCCGUGGGCCGGAUUGAGAAGGUGAUUGGGCCAGAUCCGGCCCCCGGGCCUUAGGUUACCUACCCAUGAGAUAGAGCCAUAAACUUGUAGAGUUGGGAGUUGCUUCCAGGGCUCAUGAAGUCGAAUCCCCUGAAGUGCAUGAUGUUUCUUAUAUACAGAUAUGAGCCACCAGGCAGAGAAUUACAUUGGAUCCUAUGCAGACGUACUUAGAAUGCAUUUGCACAUGCUAAUCCAGGGGCACUCCCAGAUGUCUGCUUCAUCCAGUCAUCAAAGUGCCUUUGCAGGCAACUUGCAAGAGAGACACUCACAAGACAGGUGUCAACUGCGCCUCUUGCUCUGCUUGCUUGCUGCUGACAUGAACACAAUGACAGGGUCAGUGUUGGGGCAAAACCAUCAAGUACCUAGGCUCUGUAACAACAAGUAUCUUGUCCUUUAGCUGUUUUCCUACAUUUUGUGGAGUUUUGCAAAAGAGCAAGCUAACAUCUGGAGCGCUUUAAAUAACCACCGUAUUUUUCGCUCUAUACGACGCACCAGACCAUAAGACGCACCUCGUUUUUGGAGGAGGAAAACAAGAAAAAAAAUAUUCUGAAUCUCAGAAGCCAGAACAGCAAGAGGGAUCGCUGCGCAGUGAAAGCAGCAAUCCCUCUUGCUGUUCUGGCUUCUGGGAUAGCUGCGCAGCCUGCAUUCGCUCCAUAAGGCGCACACACAUUUCCCCUUACUUUUUAGGAGGGAAAAAGUGAGUCUUAUAGAGCAAAAAAUACGGUACUUGGAAUAAGAGAUUCACCCAGGUUAUCAUUGUUUUUAAAGCACCCAGACAUAUAAGCAGUCAGCGAUAAAUGAUUUGCAACCUUCAGGUGCUUGGAAGAAUUGGUAGCCUAGUGGGAUGAAAUUAAGAGAUCACAGGGAACAUAUCACAAGUAGGAGUGCAAGACUUUUCUAAGUGUCUAGCAUAUGUUGUGUGCCAGCAAUGCCAUCUCUAAAAAAUAUUUGUUUUUAAAUGUUUGCAUAAUGCAUGUUAAUUUCAAAACAAAAAAACCCAUAGUUCGUUGCAUGUUAAAGCAAAAGUAAACUAAAAUCUAGCCUCUGAAAAAGGCAGUGCCCACAAGGAAGAUUAUGAAGAUUAAGAAUCCUAAGACAUUUGUGCACGAUAACUUCUAUAGACGUGAAAACAUGGGACUCCGUUCUGUUAUGUUACCCUUCAUUUCACACACUUGCUGGUUUGUAAUUUAUAGGGUUACUCAUAAGUGUUGUGCUUUUUUGGUAUUUAUAUAUUUUUCAGAAAAAGGAGAAUUCAAGCAUUUGUUUUGAGGAAAAAAGAAAAAAAUUCUUUGGACUUUGCAAACAGAUGUUAGAAAAUGAAAGGUAGGUCAAAUGUUGGGCCUACAAAUCAUGGAUUUGCUGAGGGAUGCAGUGAGCUAUGUAAUUAUAGUGGUCUGUGGAGAAGUGGCGUACAAAUCAAUUUUAAAUUUAACUCUAAAUUGUGCAUUUCAUUCCAUUCAGACAUGGGUUGAAAUGAUAUUGGCCAAAUCCAGAGAAAGUUACCCAAAGCAAUAGGCCCAGUUAGUUGCAACUAAUUUGUGCCCCAUUAAUUUCAGUGGAACUUAAUAUAACCAUAUAAUCCUAUUCAUAUUUACUCAGAUAAGCUUGCAUAUUUCACACAGCGGGUGCUACUACUGAGAAGGCCCUCUGCCUGGUUCCCACUUCUCACAGUGAGGGAACUGUCAGGAGGCCCUCAGCGCUGGACCUCAGGGUCUAGGCUGAACAAUGGGCUGUAGAUGCUUCUUCAGGUAUACAGAGUCAAGGCCAUUUAGGGCUUUAAAGGUUAGUACCAACACUUUGAAUUGUGCUCGGAAACAUACCGGCAGCCAAAGUAGAUCUUUCAGAAACUGUGUUAUACGGUCCCAGUGGCUGCUCCCAGUCACCAGUGUGGCAGCUGCCACAUUCUGGAUUAGUGGUAGUUUCCGAGUCACCUUCAAAGGUAGCACCACAUAAAGCGCAUUGCAGUAGUCAAAGCAGAAGAUAACCAGAGCUUGUAUCACUCUGGCGAAACAGCGUGCAAGCAGGUAGGGUCUCAGCCAAUGUACCAGAAGGAGCUUGUAGACUGCCAGCCUGGAUACAGAGUUGACCUGCACCUCCAUGGACAGCUGUGAGUCCAAAAUGACCCCAAGGCUGUGCACCUGGUUCUUUAGGGGCACAGUUGCCCCUUUCAGGACCAGGGAGUCCCUCAGACCUGCCCGCCCCCUUUCUCCCAGAAACAGUAAUUCUGUAUUGUUGGGAUUCAACCUCAAUACAUUGACCACCCUCCAACCAUCUCCAGACACUCACUGCCUUCACUGGUUCCGAUUAAAACCAGAGCUGGAGCUGGGUAUCAUCCGCAUAUUAGUGGACACCCAUCCCAACGCCCCUGAUGAUCUCUCCCAGCAGUUUCAUAUAGAUAUUAAAAAGCAUGGGGGAGAGGACGGAGCCCUGAGCAUACAGGGGUGCAAACACCAACCUGCCAUUACCACUUUCUGGACAUGGCUCAAGAGGAAGGAGCGGAAGUCCAAUUCCCAACCCUCCUAGGUGGUAGGAUACCGUGGUUGAAAUGUAGUAGGAUUGCAGCCUAUCUCCCUCUGGAUUUGUGCUAUUAUUUAGAGAAAACUACUUUUUUUAAAAAAAAGCAUAUGAUUUUCAGUAUUCAAAGUUUUAAUAUUUAGAAUAGCGCCUAAAACAUUUGCUAAAGAGCCUUGCUAUUAUGCCUUCAAUGCACUGUUCAGAAUGUAAUCAGAAUAUAAUAAAAUAUAAUAAAACCAUCCAAUGUGCUGCAUUAAAACUAAGCAAUAGCAGGGCAUAAGGGGUGCUAUCGUCAGAUCAAGGUGUGGUGGGAAUUUUGUUGUGAAGAGGUUUUGCUUCAGGAAUUUGUUGAUUUAUCUUUUUCUGAAUCAGAAAAUAAAAUCGUUGUUACGAGCCCCCGAAAUUUAUUGUAAUUCCACUCACCCUUAAUUCCCUGGCAGGGGGGAAGGGGGACACAAUUUUGUGGUUUAUCUCGGGUGCCAAAAUGUUUCGGGCCAGCCCUGAAUAUUGGUGAACUAUUGUUCUUGUCCUUGAUUUUUACUAAAUAUCACAUAUCAAGAAAAGUUUUUUAAAUCGGUUAAAUGGUUAACAGUAGGACAGUUUGCAGAAUAUCUUGAAUGGGCUGACAGUGCCCUAAACACUGCAAAAGAAUGUGAGAGUGGUUAAAUAUUACCCUUGGAUCAUAUACACAUGCAUGGUAGGGUUAUGCUAGUGGCCUGCUUCAUCAGUGGUCGGUAGACUAACGGCGGUUUAAUAAUUGCAUUGUUAGAUACAUAAUUAAAAAUACAUUUGGAAGACAUUAAGGGUUUAACUCAGGCAUAGGCAAACUCCGGCCCUGCAGAUGUUUGGGACUACAGUUCCCAUCACCCCUAGCUAACCGGACCAGUGGUCAGGGAUGAUGGGAAUUGUAGUCCCAAACAUCUGGAGGGCCGGAGUUUGCCUGGUUUAACGUCAUUCCCUAUGUACAGGAAAUUCAAAGUUAAGCCUUCUCACUGGAUCUUUAGUUCCUACAGCUGCAGUAAACUUACGAAGGUCAUGUGCUGUGACUUCACGUGCCUCCCAGUUCGUACAGCACGUUUUAGUGCAUUUAUGAAAUCGCUACCCAGCCCCUGCAAGUACUCUUGAGUUGUAUAUAUUAAUAAACGUACACACAUGCACACGCUACAUCAUUUUUAAACAUCGCUGUUGCCCCUCCCAAAUGUGUUCUACAGACCUUGCAAAGAAAUUGCUUUUCAGAUGAUAACAUAAGCUAAUGUCACCCUCUGCUGUCAGUCACAGUUUGCUCCUCUCGGUGAGCGUGGGCCAUUCAGCGGUUCUUGCCUUGAACUAUUUUCCUUUCUGCUUUCCUUCUAGAAGGUAGGCUCAAGUGCAGUGGCCACAAUCUUCAACCAACACGAAAAAGUGUGUGUGUUGUUGCUGUUUCUAACUUUUGUGUUUAAUAAUAAUAAUAACAACAAAUUUUUAUUUAUAUCCCGCCCUUCCCAGUUUAAAAACCGGGCUCAGGGAGGCUAACAGCAAAUAUAAAACAUUGAUUAAAAUGCGACUUAAAAACAGCAUAAAAUACAACAUAAAAUGCAGCAUCAAUAUCAAUACAAUUCAAAAAUUCAGGGGUAUUUUUUGGGGGGGGGGAAUUAGCUCACUCUAUGGAUAGGUGUUAACUUAGCCUAAAGCAGCAGGGGCUAAACCAGGCAUAGGCAAAUUCCAGCCCUCGAGAUGUUUGGGACUACAAUUCCCAUCAUCCCUGACCACUGGUCCUGUUAGCUAGGGAUGAUAGGAAUUGUAGUCCCAAACAUCUGGAGGGCCGCAGUUUGCCUAUGCCUGGUCUAAACAAUGCCAUGUUUUCCACCAGCACUUAAUUUGUCUUCCUGUUCUGCUCAUUUGCAGUUGGAAAGUAGAUUCAGUGAGAACUUUUUAAGUUUGAACUUGCUGGCUUUUGCAGUUGUCAGACCCUUAAUGUUGUCUUACUGUAUUUUUUGUUUGUUUUUUAAUUUUUUAGUAAAAAAUUGAACUCGAGCCCAAGAUACAGAGCUUGCACAGUGGAUAAGAAGUUUUAAAAGCUUUGGUUCAAGAUUGCAGGAGGCUGAAAAGAAAAAUUAAAGACAUGAGAAGGAGGAUCAAAUGACAGGUUGCUGUGUUGACUUCCAGCACUGAAGAUUGUAAAUAGCUGAGAAGUGGAAUUAAUGACUCUGAAACUGAAACCCAGUUUAAGAAAUGUCAGGUUGGUAGGGGUUCCUAGAACUCUGGAACUAGCUUACAACUGUUUUUAAUCAACUUUGACUUUGUUUUUAAGGAAAUGCUUGUCCAGCUAUGGAAACUUAAAUGCUUGCUUGUGGCUAAAGUUCUAUUCUUAAUUCAAUUUAAUUUUCGGUUCUUGCACGUUGUGUUGCAGUGAGGGUUUGAUCUGCAUCAUAUUUAUGGCCACUGUUGUCUUGGGGACUUUUCAGACACAACCCUAAGCUUACUGGAGUUCCCUGCUAUGUCUAAACGUAGAGGAACUCUGGUUAGUUCAAACUGGUUUGUUCAAACAAAUGAGGAUAAAUCCAUGGUUAAUUUUCCUCACGGGCUAUAAUUGAAACCAGCAGUGGGAAAUAGUUUUUUGUCAAGCGCCACAUUCCCCUGGGGUAAUUUUGUUUGGGGGCUUUGGAGCCAAAAGUGAUUGCGCACCCCACUUCCUUUCUCUUAACAAAUAAAUAAAUUUAUUGAUGCUUAUUCAAAGAUAUACAAAAACACCCCCCAUUACAAAGUAUAUUUGCACGAUAUACAGAGAUAAAGCAGCUGCUUAGUCUAAAAGAGAACAAAGUCAGAAGGAAGAAAAGACAAGGAGAGGAGAAUCCUAAGGAAACAGAAAGCAAGAGAAAAGGAAAAGAAAGAAAAAACUAAAGAAGGAUAAAGAAGAAAAUUAAAGGACUUCUGGCUCUCUGUCUUGCAGCCACAUAUGAUAUUCAUUCCUUAAGACCCAACCAAUUCUAGUGUUCAAAACUCCCAUUGUUCUAGGCGCAUUUUGGCGCAUUUCAUUAGGGCGAGCAAUUUCUGAGCUCCGGGCGCAGUACUGCGCCGAAGAUUUCAGAUUAAAACUGCAGAGUGGAAGGAAAGGACAAUCUUUUUCUGCCUCCCCACUUCCAGCCACUCUGAAGACUGGAGAAGAGACCCUCUUAAGAAUAUUAAGGGGGUGGGCAGGAGAAGGACUGGGCCAUGUGAAAAAUGAACAUAACAUUUUAGCUGCAGUUUAUUCAUUUUCAGCUUUGUAUUCUUAUAAAAAAGCGUGCCUAGACAUUCCGUUGCUGUGCCCAUAACCUCGGUUUAAGGUGCCAUUUAGCUUCCAAUUUUCCUAUCUCAGUUUCUAACACUGAACCAUUCUAUCUUCUAUAAACCAGUCUUUUUUCAAUCUUCAAAUCCAGAUAUUACAAGUUCAUUUUCUCUUCCAGACAAAAAGUCCAUAAGAAAAUUCCAAUCCUUAACAAAUGUCCGUAAUGAUUUUUCUCUCAAUCAAACAUGUUAACUUUCCCAUUUCAGCCAAUUCCAAUAGUUUUAACCGCCAUUCUUCUAUAGUGUGGUAGGGUUCUUCCAUCUUUGGUGCAUAUAGCAAUCUCACCACUGUAACCUAAACCUUUUCCUCUCUCAAUUUAGUCAUCCCUCUUCUAUCUCACCCCCCCCCACCCAUGAGAUUAGGCCAAGGGGGGCAGUUGGGCCACUUCUGGCUUAAACGAACUACAGUUCCCAGAGUUCAAAUGUAAAAUAAUAUGGGAUUGUGGUUAGUUUAACAUUAGAAGCAGAUGCUUCAGAUCUGCUCAUGGCUACUACAAGACACGGGAUGCAGUAGAACAGAAGCCCACAUCACAUCUUUGUGCAAGAUUGUUCGCAUAAUUUGUAUAAAUUGAUGAAGACGUCAGCCCAGGAUGUGGCAGCUGUGAAAAGGGAAAAUUCCAUUCUGGGGAUUGUUAGGGAAAGGAAUCAGAAAUAAAAUUGCCAAUAUCCUAAUGCCAUUAUACGAAACUAUAUACAGUUCUGGUCGCCUCAUCUCAAAAAGGAGCUGGAAAAGUUUCAGGGGAAAAGGCCAGCAAAAUGAUGAAGGGCAGAAAGGGACUUUUUGGGGACUUUCUAGUUUUAGAGAAAAGACGAGUAAGAGGCAACACGAUAGAAGUUUAUACAACUGAGCCUGGCAUGGAGAAAUUGGAUAGAGAAAGGGGAGCUAACUGGGAUUUGUAUUUAAUCAGUUUUUCUUUUAAAGAAAAGAACCACAGGUAUGGAGAAAAUAUUUGCGCUGGGAGUGGGGCAUGGAGAGAUUGAUGCUGUGGAGAGUUUUGUGGGGAAAGUUUUCCACAAAAAACGCACUAGCCUCAUUUCCCAGUAUAUUACUUAGAUUAGGAAUUAAUGGCACACUGAUAACCGGGGGGGGGGGGGGGGACGACUAUGCAAGGCCCUUCCACUUUGCAGACCUGUAUAGGUUUGUGGCUACUUACAAGGUUUAUGUUAAGAAAAGUGGUAACCUGUUUUGUGGAGAGAGCCUGUUACAUUCUUUGUGCUCUUUUCGGCACCCCAGGUGCUAGACAAACCCAGGUUUAAAAUUGUCAGUGGUGAAUGAGUAAAGGUAAAGGGACCCCUGACCAUUGGUCCAGUCGUGACCGACUCUGGGGUUGCGGCGCUCAUCUCGCUCUAUAGGCCGAGAGAGCCAGCGUACAGCUUCCGGGUCAUGUGGCCAGCAUGACUAAGCCGCUUCUGGCGAACCAGAGCAGCGCACGGAAACACCGUUUACCUUCCCACCGGAGUGGUACCUAUUUAUCUACUUGCACUGGCGUGCUUUCGAACUGCUAGGUUGGCAGGAGCAGGGACCGAGCAACGGUACCCAGAUUCUUUUCCCUUCUACCUGCUUCUGAGAAAACGAAUCACCCAGGGAUGGUGAUUUGGUCCUCUAAAUGUUGCUGGACUACAGCUCCCAAGAUGCUGCCAAGGGCUGAUGAAAGAUGUAGUCGAAGGAUAUCUGGGGGGGGGGCGCAGAUUCCCCAUCCCCACUGUAGCCCAAGGGUUGCAGAAUAAUAUCAACCCUGAGGGAUAGGAUGGACUAAGAGAUACAGAGAUAUUCAAGGUUGCGCACUGUCAGAGGUGGGAUUUGAACUUGCCUUUCCCCGUUUUGCACAAGUCUGCAAUAGCUAUAUUGUUGGUCUUCAACAGGUGGGUCACUCUGAUUGACACCACAACCUCCUUUUAGAGCGAGAGGGAGACAAAGGGGAGCAUCAUUCUAACUGGGUUCCGUAUUUUAGAUUUGUUCGUUGGCCGUUAAAACCCUGGGUUUUAGUUUUGAAUGGUUGCAUUAUUGCUAGGCUCUUGGGCCGUAAGUUAUUCCUGUGUCCCUUAUGGUUCUCCAGCACUGUCCGUUCUUACUGAUAGCCCUUUGCUUCUGCUGCUGAAGGCAGCUGUUUCUUAGGCAGCCUGUAUCCUCCAUGUUGCUGUUUGUAAGUUCAAUGUGUCUGGACAGUCCUAGACUAGAGCCUGUGAUAUGCAACUUUCCAUGAUGCUGUCUGUUCCACAGAUCUUUGCGGGACUUCUUACCUGAAAGACUGUGAACAAAACUCAGUAAUUUUGUGUGUGUGCGUGAGAGAGAGAGAGAGCGCACCAUCUGUACAAACAUUGACAACUAAAUAGGAAAAUAACUAUUAAAAACUUCCAGUGAAGGAGACAAAACACCCGGGUUGCAGUACCCACUGCUGCCCCAUCAAGCCAAUCCUGGGGUAAUUGGAGGCCAUCCCUGACCUCCUUUUGCUUCGCCAGCAAGAAUGUUGGCAGGUGUGGAGUUUGAAGUCAUUAAGGUAAAGGGACCCCUGACCAUUAGGUCCAGUCGUGGCCGACUCUGGGCUUGCGGUGCUCAUCUCGCUUUACUGGCCGAGGGAGUCAGCGUACAGCUUCCGGGUCAUGUGGCCAGCAUGACUAAGCCGCUUCUGGCGAACCAGAGCAGCGCACGGAAACACCGUUUACCUUCCCACCGGAGUGGUACCUAUUUAUCUACUUGCACUUUGACGUGCUUUCGAACUGCUAGGUUGGCAGGAGCAGGGACCGAGCAACGGGAGCUUACCCCGUCGCGUGGAUUUGAACCACCAACCUUCUGAUCGGGAAGCCCUAGGCUCUGUGGUUUAACCCACAGCGCCACCCGCGUCCCAUGAAGUCAUUGUUGCUGGCUAAAUACGGGAAAGGAACAGCUCUGAAGAAACAAGACUUUGCCAUUUCCCUUUACCAUCCCACAGAAGAGGAGUUUGGAUUUGAUAUCCCACUUUAUCACUACCCUAAGGAGUCUCAAAGCGGCUAACAAUCUCCUUUCCCUUCCUGUCCCACAACCACAGCGCCAGAUAUGCUUAAGACGGCCCUGUCCCCACCCUUCUGGCCAUCGUUUGGCUCACUGCUCUUGCUGUGUGGUGUAGUGGUUAAGAGCAGUGGACUCGUAAUCUGGUGAACCGGGUUCAAUUCCCUGCUCCUCCACAUUCAGCUGCUGGGUGACCUUGGGCCUCACUCAACCUCACUCACCUUCUUGGUCAUUCACAUGUGUUGCCCAUCCUAAACAUGACAAAUUGCAGAAUACGAAUCGCAUUUACAAGGUUUGCCCAGGUAUCUUAACAGCCGUCAAAUCUGGGCAGCUAACUAGGUUCCGAAAGCACUGUUAAAAAUCCAUGAUUAGCUCUGCUUAACCCAGAAUUGCAUGUUUGCACUAUAUUAAACUGAAACUAUGUUGAAAAAAUUCCCCAAACCUAGCUCUGGGAAAGACAGAUUGAGGAACUAGCUCUGCUCACUUUGCUUUAUGUCUGGCUGAGGUGGUUGUUGUUGUUGUUGCUGUUAUUAUUAUUAUUAUUAAUUAUUUAUACCCCGCCCGUCUGGCUGGGCUUCCCCAGCCACUCUGGGCGGCUUCCAAAAAAAAAUAUUAAAAUACUAUAAUACAUCAAACAUGAAAAGCUUCCCUAAACAGGGCUGCCUUCAGAUGUCUUCUAAAAGUCUGGUAGUUGUUCUUCUCUUUGACAUCUGAUGGGAGGGCGUUCCACAGGGCGGGUGCCACCACCGAGAAGGCCCUUUGCCUGGUUCCCUGUAACUUGGUUUCUUGCAACGAGGGAACCGCCAGAAGGCCCUCGGAGCUGGACCUCAGUGUCCGGGUAGAACGAUGGGGGUGGAGACGCUCCUUCAGAUAUACCGAAUACAGAUAAUAAUAAUUAUUAUUAUUCUAUUUCUAUGCUGCUUCUUAUUCAAAUAAAUCCCAAAGCAGCUUACAAACAAAAGAUAAAAAUAACAUAAUGGAACAUCACGAAUACAGCAUAAAUUGUAUAGAAUACUGAACACAUCAUCAGUAGAACGUUCACAAAUCACAAAUAAAAGAAUUACCAUCUAUGUAACACUAUUAACAAAACAACUAAAAAAGAAGCUAAACAUCACAGUUACACCAAAAAUCAUAGUGUAAGAUUCACAAAGCACGACAGCAUUCAUAUCUAUAAAACAACUUUAACAUAAUACAGUGGUGCCCCGCAAGACGAAUGCCUCGCAAGACGAAAAACUCGCUAGACGAAAGAGUUUUCCGUUUUUUGAUGCGUUCCGCAAGAUGAAUUUCCCUAUGGGCUUGCUUCGCAAGACGAAACGUCUUGUGAGUUCUUGCGAGUUUGUUUCCUUUUACUUAAAGCCGCUAAGCCGUUAAAAGCCGCUAAGCUGUUAAUAGCCGCUAAGCCGCUAAUAGCCGCUAAGCUGCUAAUAGCCGUGCUUCGCAAGACGAAAAAACCGCAAGACGAAGAGACUCGCGGAACGGAUUAAUUUCGUCUUGCGAGGCACCAUUGUAGCAACAAAACAAACAAAGCCCUGUUGAAUUUGUACCUGGGUGUCUUCCUCAGUUGAUUAGAGCCUGGUGCUGAGAACGCCAAGGUUGCAGGUUCGAUCCCUGUAUGGGAUAGAUGCAUAUUCCUGCAUUUCAGGGGGUUGGACUAGAUGAUCCUCAGGGUCCCUUCCAACUCUACAGUUCUAUGAUUCUGUUAUUCUCAGGAGCUCAAUGAAAUUGGGAAAGUUGAACAUGGUUGGGUGCGGUGCUGGUUCUGACCAUCUGUUGCCUCUGGUUCCGUAAGCUUCAUCAACCAUACCUGCUUUUUCCCUAUCAGAGUGUGAUUGUAGAAGACUCAUAAAACCGCUUAUGCCUGGAGUAUUCUUUCUUUCUUUCUUUUUACAAAUAAGCAAAAUAAAUUUUGUUCUUAUUUAAUUAGGCUGGUUUUAUAUCGUAGUGCCACAGAUCAGUGCAUUAUAGCACUGCAGGAAAAUCUCCCCUCUGGUCAUAAGAAUUCAAAAUGAAGCUUUUAAAGUAAAUAGUCUUCACUAAUUAAAUGUAAUAUAACCACAAACAGGAAUAUCACCAAUUGUCUUCUUUGGUUAUUCAUUUUUCUUCAUUCUGUCAUGUAUGCCAGCUUAUUGUGUGGCAAAGUAUGUGUGAGUUUUUUGGGGGGGGCAGUGAGUGUUAAAUAACGACUAGGUAAUCUCUUGUGACAGGAAUCCUAAAAUAUAAUUUACAAGAGCUGAAGCAUCUCUUUAUUGCAAGGCUUGUAAAUAAGUCCACCCAAGUCCCUAGCCUGCUUGCCCGCAUGUGCCAUUAUGGGCAAUGUUUCAAUGUCUAGUCACCUGAAGGGAAUUUUUAGUUCUCCAGGUGUUGGGGAGAGCAGGGCUGGGUUUACAUUUGAUGAGGCCCUAAGCUACUGAGUGGGACGCGGGUGGCGCUGUGGGUUAAACCACAGAGCCUAGGACUUGCUGAUCAGAAGGUCGGCGGUUCGAAUCCCCGCGACGGGGUGAGCUCCCGUUGCUCGGUCCCUGCUCCUGCCCACCUAGCAGUCCGAAAGCACAUCAAAGUGUAAGUAGAUAAAUAGGUACCGCUCCGGCGGGAAGGUAAACGGUGUUUCCGUGCACUGCUCUGGUUCGUGCACUGCUCUGGCCACAUGACCCAGAAGCUGUACGCCGGCUCCCUCAGCCAAUAAAGCGAGAUGAGCGCCGCAACCCCAGAGUCGGCCACGACUGGACCUAUUGGUCAGGGGUCCCUUUACCUUUAAGCUACUGAAGGUAAUGGGGCCCUUUAUAAUGUCCAGCUAUCCUCUGUCAACAACAAAUUGCCGCUGUUUUUUGUGUUGAACAUACUAUAUCGUAAUUUAUGGACCUAAUAGGUAUCUAAAGGCAUUUGCACAUAACAAAAUAUGUAUUUUAUCAAAGUAAUUUUAUUUUAUUUGUUUUUUAUCUUCUAUUUUGGAAAUGUACAUCCAGGGUUUUUUUCCUUUAAAUUUUUUCGGACCCCCAAGAGAGUGGGGCCCUAAGCUAUAGCUUGUUUUGGUUAUAUAGGCAUGAUUCAGGUUACAGACGCUUCAGGUUGCGCAAUUUGGGUUAAGGACACACCAAAACCCGGAAGUACCGGAAUGGGUUACUUCCGGGUUUCGGCGCUCACGCAUGCGCAGAAGCACUAAAUCGCAACCCGCUCGUGCUCAGAUGCGGCGCUGCAGGUUGCGGACGUUGCAGGUUGCAAAUGCGCCUCCCGCACGGAUCACGUUCGCAACCCGAGCGUCCACUGUACGUAAAUCCGGCACUGAAGGCGAGUGGCUCUGUACAUGUAAUAAGUGCAACAAGAGAAUAUUCUUGGUGACUCUUUGUACAGUGGUGCCCCGCAAGACUAUUGCCUCGCAAGACGAAAAACUCGCUAGACGAAAGGGUUUUGCGGUUUUUGAGCUGCUUCGCAAGACGAAUUUCCCUAUGGGCUUGCUUCGCAAGACGAAAACGUCUUGCAAGUUUGUUUCCUUUUUCUUAACACCGUUAAUACAGUUGCGACUUGACUUCGAGGAGCAACUCAUAGAACGUGGUGUGGUAGCCUUUUUUGAGGUUUUUGGUGACUUUUGAAGCUUUUCCAAAACUUUUCCGACACCGUGCUUCGCAAGACGAAAAAACCGCAAGACGAAAAAACUCGCGGAACGAAUUAAUUUCGUCUUGCGAGGCACCACUGUAUCGUGUCUUCGCAAUUUCACUAUCCUGAAGUACAUAGUCUGCGGUGAUUCUAUUAUUUCCAUUUUCUCAUGGCUUCAAAAGAAGUCGCUUUUAAAGGUCUGCCAGCGAAUAAAUACAAUUUUUCUUCGCUUCAGCUAGUCAGAAUUCAUUCUCUCUGCCACCCCUGGUCAUUACUUCUGAUGACCCGUAAGCUGUUCAAGAAAGAUAUUUUGUUUACAUUAUUUCACUUGGAGAUGUAACUUAGCAUGUGUAUAAAACACUGUUUCCCCUUUUUGUUUCAGGCAUUCGACCACCAAUCAUGAAUGGGCCCAUGCACCCGCGUCCCUUGGUAGCACUGCUGGAUGGCCGGGACUGCACAGUGGAAAUGCCAAUCCUGAAGGACGUCGCCACUGUUGCGUUUUGCGAUGCACAGUCCACGCAAGAAAUUCAUGAAAAGGUGCAGCUGAACAUUUAUUUAAAUUACCCGUCUAGGAAGUACCGUAUUUUUCGCUCUAUAGGACACACUGGACCAUAGGAGGGGGAGAACAGGGGAAAAUAAAUCUCUCCCUCUCUGCUCAGCACCCCUUCAGCGAAGCGGGAGGAGAAACGGAACAGAGAGGGAAAACUGUGCAGCGCCUCUCCAGCGAAGCGAAGCCUGGAGAGCAAGAGGGAUCGGUGUGCACUGACCCCUCUCAUUCUUCAGACGGCUAUCCGCAAGCCUUCGGAGCGCAGCGGGAACUCCUGCUGCGCUCUGAAGGCUUGCGGAUAGCUGCCUGAAGCCCCCAGAGCGCAGUGGGAGUUCCCGCUGCGCUCCGGGGGCUUCAUGCGGCUUCAACAAAAGCAAUGCAAAGCCUCCGGAGCUUGGGGGGAGCUCUCCCUCUGCGCUUCGGAGGCUUUGCGUUGCUAUCGCUGAAGCCAAGGAGCCUGCAUUCGCUCCAUAAGACGCACACACAUUUCCCCUUCGUUUUUGGAGGGGGAAAAGUGUGUCCUAUAGAGCGAAAAAUACGGUAUUGUGAACACCAUGUACCACUACCACUUUCCCCAUUUUCUGUGCAGCACCUAAAAGGAUAAUCUGAAAUGGCAAGCUGUUCUACAGAUAAUGCGCAGAGGAGUAUACAGCUCUGGUUAGAAGUGCACUGUGUCCAUCCUGGCAAAUCUCAAAAAUGGUAAAAAACAACAACAACCUUAAGCAGGCUUCCUCAACCUCGGCCCUCCAGAUGUUUUUGACCUACAACUCCCAUGAUCCCUAGCUAGCAGGACCAGUGGUCAGGGAUGCUGGGAAUUGUAGUCUCAAAACAUCUGGAGGGCCGAGGUUGAGGAAGCCUGACCUUAAGCUUAACUAAUACAGGCGUACCUUGGAAGUCAAACGGAAUCCUUUCCGGGAGUCCGUUCGACUUCCGAAACGUUCGGAAACCAAAGCGCGGCUUGUGGUUGGCUGCAGGAAGCUCCUGCAGCCAAUCGGACUUUCGGCUUCCAAAAAUAGUUUGCAAACAGGAACAGUCACUUCCGGGUGUUUGGGAGACAAAAUGUCCGAGUACCAAGGCAUUCAAGAUCCAAGGUACGACUGUAAAUAUUUAGGACUCUCAGAUAUCCGGGCUCUGGUGGCAUGCCCUUUCAGACUGGGGAAGCCAGCCUUGGCUACCAGCUGCCAGUACCAGGUGCUCUCUUUCCUGGUUGAAUGGUUGGUUGGAUGGUUUGGAGAUUGCUCCCACCAGUUGCAACAAUAACAGGAGAAGGGUUCUAAACUGAGUUAUGAGUGCAAAACCAGUAAGUCUACUUUGUUGAUGAUCCCUCUAGGUCUUCCAAGAGUCAUGUAUGUGCUUGAAUGAUUUCAGGGACUGGGAACCAGAGGCCAAAUGCACCCCUCUGUACCAGUUCCUGGCCUUCUCGGUUACAGGGAACCAGGCAGAGGGCCUUCUUGGUAGUGGCACCCGCCCUGUGGAAUGCCCUCCCACCAGAUGUCAAAGAGAAAAACAACUACCAGAUUUUUAGAAGACAUCUGAAGGCAGCCCUCUUUAGGGAAGCUUUUAAUGUUUAACAGACUACUGUAUUUUAAUGCUUUGUUGGAAGCUGCCCAGAGUGUCUGGGGAAACCCAGUCAGAUGGGCGGGGUAUAAAUAAUAAAUUCUAUUCUAUUCUAUUCUUCUCAACUCUCCUCAGGCCACAGCCACUCUCAGCACCCUCUUGUGGUGCGUUUGCUUGCCUGGAAUGCAUUCCUGAACUGUGAUUAGGGCCUGUUACUUGCCUGGAUAAAAGGGAUGCGGGUGGCGCUGUGGUCUAAGCCACAGAGCCUAGGACUUGCCAAUCAGAAGGUUGGCGGUUUGAAUCCCACGAUGGGGUGAGCUCCCAUUACUCGGUCCCUGCUCCUGCCAACCUAGCAGCUCAAAAGCACGUCAAAGUGCAAGUAGAUAAAUAGGUACCACUCCAGUGGGAAGGUAAACGGCGUUUCCAUGCGCUGCUCUGGUUCGCCAGAAGCGACUUAGUCAUGCUGGCCACAUGACCUGGAAGCUGUACGCCAGCUCCCUUGGCCAAUAAAGUGAGAUGAGCGCCGCAACCCCAGAGUCGGCCACGACUGGACCUAAUGGUCAGGGGUCCCUUUACCUUUACCUUACUUGCCUGGAUGGAGGAUAGAGGAUGGAAAUGGGGUUUUGUGUUUAUAAACCUAUGACUUCUGUGUGGCUGGAAUAUAGCCCACUCUACAAAUAUCAGCGCCGCAUGGUCCCUCUGUGUUCCUUGUUUUGCCUUUGGCACUGCUCACCACUAGCUUGCAACUCCCAGAAGCUUGCCUUUGAGGAAGACAGUUGCCCUCAGGCUGAAAAUAAGACCCAUCCCGAUUUAUAGCAAUGCUGGCCUUGCAGAGAGUUUCUUAGAGGCUAUUGGGAAAGUGUACAUUUUUUUAAACAUAUGAAAUGUGUUGUAAGAACGCUAAACAUCUGCUUUUUGGAACAGCCCAACACAGAAAUGGCUAGUGUCUCUGCAGAAUAAAUUUGAACUAGUAUUGAACUAUAGAUCCGGAUCUAUCUGUGAAGUCUCAAAAAAAAAAAAUUGGUUCCCUACCAAAUAAAUUAGUGUAAUUUCUAUAAACUGCUAAUGGCUGACCUUUUCAGAGAAAUGUCAGGUUUGUGUCCUCUAAUAGAUGGAAGAUUUCACCAGAGAUGUUGGCAGCAUCUCACAGGAUAACUUGCUUCAGAUUGCAUCUCGUCAGAAACACUCAAAUGUUUCCACUCCAAUAUGGGCGACUGACCUUUAAAUCCAAGGUUACCAUAGGUCAGACCUCAUUUUUCCUGAAGAUAAGCACAUUCAGUUUCCUAAUUCAGUGAAGGGAGAAUGUUCAGCACUGCGCUAUUUCUCCUACCUAGCUUUUUUAUUUGGGCGGGCAGGGGUGUGUGUGCAGGGAAUCAGGGCCUUUCAGACAAGAUGCUACUUCAAAGUCGUAGAAUUGCAGAGUUGGAAGUCUAGACUAACCCCCUGCAAUGCUGGGGUGUAGACAAUAGACUCACUUUCAGGUCCACUAACACGGUUGCUGCUAAAUACCCUUUCCUGAUCCCCGAAGAAUUGAUGCUUUUGAAUUAUAGUGCUGGAGGAGACUCUUGAGAGUCCCAUGGACUGCAAGAAGAUCAAACCUCUCCAAUCUUAAGGAAAUCAGCCCUGAGUGCUCACUGGAAGGACAGAUCCUGAAGCUGAGGCUCCAAUACUUUGGCCCCCUCAGGAGAAGAGAAGACUCGGGAAACGACCCUGAUGUUGGGAAAGAUGGAGGGCACAAGGAGAAGGGGACGACAGAGGACAAGAUGGUUGGACAGUGUUCUCGAAGCUACCAGCAUGACUUUGACCAAACUGCGGGAGGCAGUGGAAGACAGGAGUGCCUGGCAUGCUCUGGUCCAGGGGGUCACGAAGAGUCGGACACGACUCAACGACUAAACAACAACAACCCUUUCCUACAUGCGACUCGUGGCCUACAGAGCAGCUGGGUUCAAAAAGGUUAAAAAAGCUUUGGUCAGAGUUCAUUACAAGGCUCUGGAAUGGUGCAACCCAUUGCUUUCAGGAAGUGGUAGACUUUGGGACAGCUGAGCGUGGUGGAAUAGCAAAGGCCAUAGGUGGCAGACUGCCAAUAUUUGUAUGGAGCUUCUGGGUGAGAUCACCCAUGGCUACAGCGUGUGAUAGCUUUGAUAUGUUAAUGGCAAUACAUUAUUACCCUAGGAGCACGGGUGGCGCUGUGGUCUAAACCACUGAGCCUCUUGGGCUUGCCGAACGGAAAGUUGGCGGUUCAAAUCCCUGCGAUGGAGUGAGCUCCUGUUGCUCGCUCCCUGCUCCUGCCAACCUAGCAGUUAGCAGUUCGAAAGCACACCAGUGCAAGUAGAUAAAUAGGCACUGCUGUCGCUGGAAGGUAAAUGGCGUUUCUGUGCGCUCUGGCUUACAUCACAGUGUUCAGUUGUGCCAGUAGUGGAAAGAAGCCACAUGACCCAGAAAGCUGUCUGUGGACAAACGCUGGCUCCCUCGGCCUGUAGAGCAAGAUGAACGCCACAACCCCAUAGUCACCUUUGACCGGACUUAACCAUCCAGGGGUCCUUUACCACCUGGUAUCUGGUACCAGUGUACUGGUACCUGGGACCAGUGAAUGCUGCCUAUUGUUAGUGGACAAUAACAGCUUAUCUCCCUCCCCAUGUGUGUGUGUGUUUGUCACACAAAUAUUGUGUGAUUGUCACAAACACAGGACAUAGCACUGACUUCCCAUGGUAAACAUGAGAUUGGGCAAAGGCAAUCCGCAGCAACUCUCUAAUUUUGUGCAGUGCUUUGCCUUCACAGAAGACACACCCUGCAGUGGCCUUUUUGUGACCGGUGCCCUUGGCACUAUUCACAGUUUUUAAUUCUUUUAUCAUUCAAAGCAAUAAACACGGUGCAUAAAACGUUAACCAUUUCGGUUUUUAUUUAUUAUUAUUAUCCACAUUUUAAUUAAACGUUUGUCACAAGUUCAGUAGGGAAGGGAAGAGAGGCACUUUAUAAUUGAUCAAAAUGUGAGGACUGGCACCCCCCCCGAAAGCACUGCCCUUAAUAUUAUUAUUAUUAUUAAUAUUAUUUUCAUAUGUUUUGUACGCCAUCUCAAGAGCUUUUAGUGAGCCAUCUGGGAGCUUAGGGCUAAAAUGUGAAGAAAUGAGGCCUGUGCAGAAGAUACGAUUGAUUUGUAAAGUGCUCCUUUAAUACACGUCCUGCUGGGCAGGAGUCCCUGGGGGGGAAAGAGUUUAUAUUUUGGGGGAGCUCCUAUGCUAUGCUUUCCUUUGCUUUUCUGAAACAAGCUGUAGGCUUCUUCAGCCUCUUGGGUGCAGGUAAAGUUGGCAGCCAAAAUAAGAGGCAAAGGAGAACUUCUGCUGAAGAAUAGAGAGCAGCCAUAGGUGUGCAUUAAGCCUAGCAGCUGAUCCUAUUCAUCUCUUCUGUCUCUCUGCACAGUGGCUGCAGCAACAGUGUGAUGGGAACAAGGUGGAAUUGUUGUUUAGUUGUUUAGUCGUGUCCGACUCUUCGUGACCCCAUGGACCAGAGCACGCCAGGCACUCCUGUCUUCCACUGCCUCCCGCAGUUUGGUCAAACUCAUGCUGGUAGCUUCGAGAACAUUGUCCCACCAUCUCGUCCUCUGUCGUCCCCUUCUCCUUGUGCCCUCCAUCUUUCCCAACAUCAGGGUCUUUUCCAGGGAGUCUUCUCUUCUCAGGAGGUGGCCAAAGUAUUGGAGCCUCAGCUUCAGGAUCUGUCCUUCCAGUGAGCACUCAGGGCUGAUUUCCUUCAGAAUGGAUAGGUUGGAUCUUCUUGCAGUCCAUGGGACUCUCAAGUCUCCUCCAGCACCAUAAUUCAAAAGCAUCAAUUCUUUGGCGAUCAGCCUUCUUUAUGGUCCAGCUUUCACUUCCAUACAUCACUACUGGGAAAACCAUAGCUUUAACUAUACGGACCUUCGUUGGCAAGGGGAUGUCUCUGCUUCUUAAGAUGCUGUCUAGGUUUGUCAUUGCUUUUCUCCCAAGAAGCAGGCGUCUUUUAAUUUUGUGGCUGCUGUCACCAUCUGCAGUGAUCAUGGAGCCCAAGAAAGUAAAAUCUCUCACUGCCUCCAUUUCUUCCCCUUCUAUUUGCCAGGAGGUGAUGGGACCAGUGGCCAUGAUCUUAGUUUUUUUGAUGUUGAGCUACAGACCAUAUUUUGCGCUCUCCUCUUUCACCCUCAUUAAAAGGUUCUUUAAUUCCUCCUCACUUUCUGCCAUCAAGGUUGUGUCAUCUGCAUUCCACAAGGUGGAAUGGGAGAUGGCAAAACCCCAAUUGGUACCAGUUGUGCCAUUGGAUGUGCUUAUGGCAAUUUUGAUCCUUAUAGAGGUGUGGUUUUUUUUGUUACUCCUUUCGAGAAAUAAGCAAACUAUUGACAGCAAGAGAAACUCUUGCCAGCCGACCACUUAUUGGAGAGCUGAUGGGAAAUUCUUCGUGACCUUAGAUGCCUCUUGUAUAAAUUGACACCAGAUGAUGUUUUGGAACAUAAAAUCUUGGCUCGCUUUGGAGCUCUUUGCAUAAUGCCUAUCUCUAGAGUUAUUUUACUUUGAAGGAUAGGUAGGGAUGGAAACUGCCUUUCACUUGUUUUAUUUGUGUUACGCUUUUAGUAAAAGUUAAAGGAUCAGAAAGGAACAACCGUUCUCCACAGUGCUAAUAGCUCCACAAGAAAACACUUCCAUUGCUUUGCUCUAUUUUUCUAUUUUGCUUUAUUUCCCCAAAGGCUUUUUUCUUGCCUUAAACAACUAGGGUACACUCAAGUUCAGUGAAACCUGAUAAAUGUCUUGAGAUUUGCCAUGAUGCUAAAAACAAAACCUGCACCUCAGACUGUUGGUGGGCACCGGGUCCAGAGUAGUCAGAUUACCAAGUACGUAACAUCUUAAUCCAUGGUAUUUUGCUAGGUUAAAGGUAAAGGUAAAGGGGCCCCUGACCAUUAGGUCCAGUCGCGGCCGACUCUGGGGUUGCGGCGCUCAUCUCGCUUUAUUGGCCGAGGGACCCGGCGUACAGCUUCCGGGUCAUGUGGCCAGCAUGACUAAGCCGCUUCUGGCGAACCAGAGCAGUGCAUGGAAACGCCGUUUACCUUCCCGCCUGAGCGGUAACUAUUUAUCUACUUGCACUUUGUCAUGCUUUCGAACUGCUAGAUUGGCAGGAGCAGGGACCGAGCAACGGGAGCUCACCCCGUCGCGGGGAUUCGAACCGCCGACCUUCUGAUCAGCAAGUCCUAGGCUCUGUGGUUUAACCCACAGUGCCACCCGCGUCCCUCUCACCUCCCAGGGGGAACUAGCAAAAUAUAGUAGCAUUUGUGAACAGGUCUCUCAAGUGAACAGUAAGUCUCAGGCAAUCAUUUUGCUACCCAUUCUGCUGCAACCGCACCUUGAAAUUCUCCCUUGAGAGAUGACCAGACUAUUGGAGGCGAUGGCGUGUACCCCAGGAAUUGGAAUUCUGGAGGGCGUGUUGAGAACGUAACUGACUUGUGUUUGCCUUUGUUUUUCAGGUACUAAAUGAAGCAGUGGGAGCCCUGAUGUACCACACUAUCACUUUAACCCGUGAAGACCUGGAGAAGUUUAAAGCACUUCGAAUAAUCGUUAGAAUUGGAAGUGGUUUUGAUAACAUUGAUAUUAAAUCUGCUGGCGAUUUAGGUAUGUCGUUAAUUCACGUCUGUGAAAUUUUAUGUAGAAACCCAAGGGGUUUGGUGUCCAAACUUUGCUGACGUGUUUGAAGGUGCACUUAAGUGUGGUACUCUGUAUUUGAAAUUAAUUGAAUAACUCAAGUAAGGGUACUCCAGUUGGUGCUUACAAAAAUAAAUAAAUAAAAAUAAAUUUUUAUUUAUAUCCUGCCCUCCCCAGCCGAAGCCGGGCUCAGGGCAGCUAACAACAGUAAAAUAAUACAACAUUCUAAAAUCAUUUCAUUAUAAAAUCAGUUCAAAUCAGAUUAAUGGCAACCAUUGGGCUAGAGUUCUGUGAGGAUUGCCAAAGGAGGGAGUCAGGCUGUGCCCUGGCCAAAGGCCUGGUGGAACAGCUCUGUCUUGCAGGCCCUGCGGAAAGAUGUCAAGUCCCGCAGGGCCCUAGUCUCUUGUGACAGAGCGUUCCACCAGAUCGGAGCCACAGGCCGAAAAAGCCCUGGCUCUGGUUGAGGCCAGCCUAACCUCUCUGUGGCCUGGGACCUUCAGGAUGUUUUUGUUUGAAGACUGUAAGUUCCUCUGUGGGACAUACCAGGAGAGGCGGUCCCGUAGGUACGAGGGUCCUAGGCCGUAUAGGGCUUUAAAGGUUAAGACCAGCACCUUAAACCUGAUCCUGUACUCCACCGGGAGCCAGUGCAGCUGGUAUAGCACCGGGUGAAUGUGAUCUCGCAGCGAGGACCCCGUAAGGAGUCUUGUCGCGGCAUUUUGCACCCGCUGGAGUUUCUGGGUCAGUCUCAAGGGCAGCCCCACGUAGAGCGGGUUACAAUAAUCCAGUCUGGAGGUGACCGUCACGUAGAUAACAGUGGCUAGGUCAGGGCGAGAGAGGUAAGGAGCCAACGGCUUAGCUUGGCGGAGGUGAAAAAAUGCCGCCUUUUUUAUAGCUGCAAUCUGCGGCUCCAUGGAAAGGGAGGUGUCGAAGAUUACACCCAAACUCUUAACGGAUGGUGCUGGCACUAAUUGCGCCCCCGCAAGAGAUGGGAAUUGCCCCCCAAUCUCAUAUCAUCCCGACCCAGCCAAAGGACCUUUGACCCAACGUAAAGGUAAAGGGACCCCUGACCGACUGGGGUUGUGCGCUCAUCUCGCUCUGUAGGCCGAGGGAGCCGGCCUUUGUCCGCAAACAGCUUCUGGGUCAUGUGGCCAGCAUGACUAAGCCGCUUCUGGCGAACCAGGGCAGCGCACAGAAACACCGUUUACCUUCCCGCCGGAGUGGUACCUAUUUAUCUACUUGCACUUUGACGUGCUUUCGAACUGCUAGGUUGGCAGGAGCGGGGACCGAGCAAUGGGAGCUCACCCCGUUGUGGGGAUUUGAACCGCCGACCUUCUGAUCGGCAAGUCCUAGCCUCUGUGGUUUAACCCACAGCGCCACCUGCUAAUGGAAGAGGAGGGGAGGGGGUUUUUUUGCCAGUUUGCCCUUCCCCACUAGCCAUGGCACCUUCCGUCCUGUUGGAGGAUCCCCCCACUCUGGAGCAGGUCUUCAGCGUUUGAUGUGAGCUGGAGGUUACAGAAGGAAAGGGGGAAUAUUCUUCCUUCUGUUAAUGGAGGCAUGCACUGGAUCAAAAGCACAUCUGUGAACACAAGGGGGUUCCACUAUUUAUAUUUAGGCGUUCAUUGCUUUGCACUGACUUAGGCUGCCCCCUCCCAGCGCACUCUUGCUCCUUACAUCCACCAAAAUCUCUGGCUGUGGACAUUGACUCAAAAACUUAUGGAACGUUUUGCUGUGGUAACGUUGCUGUGAAGCGUAGCCCAGCUUCAUUGCAUAUUUGUGUCAUCUCUGUUGCAGACAGCGAAGGUAUAGGUGGCUAACUUGUGGUAUUUAUUUAUUUAUUAAUUACAGAGGUACCUCAGGUUACAUACGCUUCAGGUUACAUACACUUCAGGUGACAGACUCUGCUAACCCAGAAAUAGUACCUCGGGUUAAGAACUUUGCUUCAGGAUGAGAACAGAAAUCGUGCUCCGACAGCGCAGUGGCAGCAGGAGGCCCCAUUAGCUAAAGUGGUGCUUCAGGUUAAGAACAGUUUCAGGUUAAGAAUGGACCUCCGGAAUGAAUUAAGUACUUAAUCCGAGGCACCACUGUAUUUAUACCCUGCCCGUCUGGCUGGGUUUCCCCAGCCACUCUGGGCGGCUUCCAACAGAAUAUUAAAAUACAAUAACCUAUUAAACAUUAAAAACUUCCCUAAACAGGCUGCCUUCAGAUGUCUUCUAAAAGUCUGGUAGUGGUUCUUCUCUUUGACAUCUGCUGGGAGGGCGUUCCACAGGGUGGGUGCCACCACCGAGAAGGCCCUCUGCCUGCUUCCCUGUAACAUGGCUUCUUGCAGUGAGGGAACCGCCAGAAGGCCCUCGGUGCUGGACCUCAGUGUCUGGGCAGAAUGAUGGGGGUGGAGACACUCCUUCAGGUAUACAGGGCCGAGCAUGAAAUUCUUAACCCAGGGCUGUGGAUUCGAGCCCCACAUUGGGCAAAAGAUUCUUGCACUCUGGGGGAUUGAACUAAAUGAUCUUUGUGGUCCCUUCCAAACUCUGUGAUCUGGAGCAGUGUUGGCUCUGGGUUUUUGAAGGCCUCUUGGGCAAGGCAUCCUCCAUGCCACCUCCCAUCCACCUCCAUGACUCCCAGCUCCUCACUGCCCCACGUCAUGAGGGUUCCUGAGCCCUCAGCUGAUGCCUGAGCAUGCCAGCCAUUGGUGCCAGCUCUGGUCUGGAGGACCACAGGUCAGCUACGCCUGGAUCACAACCUUGGAGCAUCCUAGAAACUAAAUUCUGUCAAGUGAGCCUUGGUCCCAUCCCUGGAGCAACUGCUUACAUCCGGCUCCACACUCCCCUGCCCUACCCAAAGCAAGAGUUUAUUCCGCAACCCCUCUUAUUUCUCUUACACUUUUCUGAUGCAUGACUUAUUUUAGAUGGUUGAAGCAUCAGGUGGGGGCUGUCCAUUUUUUAAUCGUUGGAAAGGUGCAUAGUCUUGCUUUAGGUCAGGCAUAGGAAAACUCGGCCCUCCAGCUGUUUUGGGACUACAACUCCCAUCAUCCCUAACUGGACCAGUGGUCAGGGAUGAUGGGAAUUGUAGUCCCAAAACGUCUGGAGGGCCGAGUUUGCCUAUUCCUGCUUUAGGUGCUUAAUAGUAUAUGUCUUUCCAACAUCUCUGAGGGCCAGGGGCUGGUUGAAUUCAUAAAGGUGCUGGGGGGGGUGUUUCCGUGGCAUUCUGGAGCCACCCUAGGAUUCAACACAUUGUGUUUUUUCUAAUUAUUAUUUAAGGGAUUGCAGUGUGCAAUGUUCCGGCUGCAUCCGUGGAAGAGACAGCAGACUCUACAAUGUGCCACAUCUUGAACCUGUACAGACGAACCACCUGGCUUCAUCAGGCCUUGCGAGAAGGCACGAGGGUGCAGAGUGUGGAGCAGAUCCGGGAAGUGGCUUCUGGGGCUGCAAGAAUCCGAGGGGAGACCCUGGGCAUUAUUGGGUUAGGUAGGCCCACCCUGUUGUCCUGCUCUCUGCUCUUUGAAGAUAAAGUCUGUUUGUUAGUUAAAUGCAUCCAUUGUUGUGGCUUAAGGCUAAUCGGGACCCUAACAAACUGCUAGGGAUGAUGGUAUCCUAUUUAGAAUCGCUGCCCUGGGUUAGCUAGUGCCCUAAGACGCUCCAAACCUAUUGUCUGCGUUACCAGGACCAGAUAUCUACCCCUCUACAGUGGUACCUCGGUUUAAGAAUAGUCCUGUUUAUGAACGAUUCGGUUUACGAACUUCGCAAAACCGGAAGUAGUGUUUGCGAACUUUACCUUGGUCUACGAACGGAAACCGAACUGUGGAAGGGCACCGGUGGUGGGAGGACUCAUUAGAGAAAGCGCGCCUCGGUUUAAGAAUGGAAUCGGUUUAAGAAUGGACUUCAGGAACAGAUUAAGUUUGUAAACCGAGGUACCACUGUAUUUUGCUCAGUAGUUCAUUUCUAAAAUGUAUUCCAGAACCGCCUUGUCACUCCGUAGCAGAAAUAAGUUUGUUGAACCAUAGUGGGCAAGAGCCUACACAAAGUCUGGGGAGUGGUGGAAGAGUAACAGUGAUGUUUUCCUAAUGGAACUGGAAAUUUCUCUUCUCCAUGUUUCAUUAGAACUCUUCAAGUUGGACUACUGUGUACGUACUCUGCAACCUCAUUCCGAUGUAACACUAAACUAUGGCUUAGCAUUAUAUGAAUGGCCCUCUGCUUUGUGAGCUCCCUUCUCUUCUUCCUCUGCAACCAUGAGGAGGAGUAGAUAGGAAGGUUUUGCUUCCACUGGCAACUAAUUAUGGCCACACGUUAUCCUUGGACCCAGAUAAACUGGAUAUUCUUAACUAUGGUUUAGGGAAAGAAGCAAACAUUAAACCUUGGUUUACGAUUCUGCUAAACCAGUGUUCUUCAGCUUUGGGUCACCAGAUGUUGUUGGACAAUAUCAUCAGCCAGCUUAGCCGCAGGUGGGACCCACAAUUGAAAAACACUGUCCUAAACCAUAUUUAAGAUUCAGCUUUGGGGAUAUUGAUAAUAAACCAUGGUUAAUUGAAAGCAGAAGCAAAACCUUCUCCUUAUAAGACUCACUUUUCCCCUCCUAAAAAGUAAGGGGAAAUGUGUGUGCGUCUUAUGGAGCGAAUGCAGGCCGCGCAGCUAUCACAGAAGCCAGAACAGCAAGAGGAAUUGCUGCUUUCACUGCACAGCGAUCCCUCUUGCUGUUCUGGCUUCUGAGACUCAGAAUAUUUUUUUUCUUGUUUUCCUCCUCCAAAAACCAGGUGCGUCUUGUGGUCUGGUGCGUCUUAUAGAGCGAAAAAUACGGUAGUUUAACAUUGCAUCCAAGCCCCAUCUGCAUGAAUGGGUGGGUUGCUUUAUACCUGCCUCAACAAUAUUUGUUGCAAGACAAAAAAAUUCUCCCCCUCCCCGCAGGACGAGUUGGUCAAGCGGUUGCACUACGUGCAAAAGCCUUCGGCUUCAAUGUCAUUUUCUACGACCCGUACCUCUCAGAUGGCAUGGAACGUGCUCUUGGACUUCAGCGGGUGACGACUUUGCAGGAUUUGUUGUUUCACAGCGACUGCGUCACCCUCCACUGCAGCCUAAACGAACACAACCAUCACCUUAUUAACGACUUCACCAUUAAACAGGUACGUUUCGGAUAAUGUCACAGUGACGAUAAGAGUUAACAUUUACAUAGCAAUUUUUGUGUGUUCUAAGCACUUCACAAACAUCGCCUUAGAGGUACUUACGAGGCAGACCAGUGAUGCCAUCGCCAUUUUGCAGAUAUAUAGUUACAGUGUAUAUUGAGAGGCGAGCGGUUCUGCCAUGCAACCAGGUAUCAAUUUUGUCUGCUGUCUGUCCUAGUAAUAGGUUCUACUUGGUGAAGAAAUGUCACAUCCUACCACUGUAGUUUAAUCACGUGGAUCUUUGUUUACUCAUGAACUGAAAAGUUGCCUUCUGAUAAAAUUUCUGCACAUCUCAAUUCGUAGAUUAAGUGGCUACUGCCCCCUUGUGUUCAGUGCUAAUACUCACAAGCGUUCCCAUCCCAAUUUAUUUGUCCGGCUACUGGCGGAGGAGAGUACUUGAAAUAAUUUUGGACUUUCAACUUAAAUGUUUGCAUUUACAGCCGUAACUUAGUUUUUAUUGAACUUACAUUAUCAGAAGUGGAUGCUUGCCAAUCAAAACAACCAUUUCUUAGUUCUGUAGGCAGAACUACAGAAUAAUGGCAGUCUUGCAAUUAGUUGCAUCCUAGAUGACACAACCUUGAUGGCAGAAAGUGAGGAGGAAUUAAAGAACCUAUUAAUGAGGGUGAAAGAGGAGAGCGCAAAAUAUAGUUUGAAGCUCAACAUAAAAAAAACUAAGAUCAUGGCCACUGGGCCCAUCACCUCCUGGCAAAUAGAAGGGGAAGAAAUGGAGGCAGUGAGAUAUUUUACUUUCUUGGGCUCCAUGAUCACUGCAAAUGGUGACAGCAGUCACAAAAUUAAAAGACGCCUGCUUCUUGGGAGAAAGGCAAUGACAAACCUAGACAGCAUCUUAAAAAGCAGAGACAUCCCCUUGCCAACGAAGGUCCGUAUAGUUAAAGUUAUGGUUUUCCCAGUAGUGAUGUAUGGAAGUGAGAGCUGGACCAUAAAAAAGGCUGAUCGCCGAAGAAUUUGUGCUUUUGAAUUACGGUGCUGGAGGAGACUCUUGAGAGUCCCAUGGACUGCAAGAAGAUCAAACCUAUCCAUUCUGAAGGAAAUCACCCCUGAGUGCUCACUGGAAGGACAGAUCCUGAAGCUGAGGCUCCGAUACUUUGGCCACCUCAUGAGAAGAGAAGACUCCCUGGAAAAGACCCUGAUGUUUGGAAAGAUGGAGGGCACAAGGAGAAGGGGACGACAGAGGACGAGAUGGUUGGACAGUGUUCUCGAAGCUACCAGCAUGAGUUUGACCAAACUGCAGGAGGCAGUGGAAGACAGGAGUGCCUGGCGUGAUCUGGUCCAUGGGGUCACGAAGAGUCAGAAACGACAAAACAACAACAACAACUAUUGUGUUAUGCAGCCACUUCUCUGAGGUUUGGUAAUCAGACCAUCCACCUGAUGUAUUGGCACCUAGUUCAUGGAAGCUUGUGCUGCGAUGAUUCCAGGAAUCUCUUUUUCAUCUGUGAACCUGCAUGAGAACAUGAGAAUUCAAUCCACUUCUGGGUGCCCCCCCCCCCGCUUUAAGAGGUCUGGCGACUGGGCAGGAGGGUUUUUCAGCUGUGAUGAACAGAAUAUGGAAUAGCCACUGGCUGCUUCAUGGCCUCUAUUUAGGCAGGUUGCAAAACCACCUUUAUUUCAGCAGGCAUUUUCAGGGCACAUUAGAUUUUAGAGUUGUGCUUUGAUUCCCAGGGAACGAGGUAUUAACGUUUAGAAAAGCUUCUCUGAGGUGUCUUGAGCCCAUGGGACAGAGCAGGAUGUCAAAUAAAGAAAUAUAAACGCAUUAGUUAACCUGUUGCUAUCUUGCUGCUCCUGCAAUCAUAUGAGGUACUUCAAAUUGUCGUUUUAUUCUUUUUUUAUAUUAAUUACAGUGCCAAUUCUGUUUUUAAAAAUGGUGCUGGAGAAAUGUUGGUAUAAAUGAAUGCUCUGAUCUUUAAGGUGCCACAAACCUUUUCUUUAUUGCAGCCAACAGAAUUUGCUGUGCAGCUAAUUCUAUGGAUUCUCUGUUGAGGCAGUUCAUGAUUUGUCUUUUAUCUAGUCAUACGCUUCACAUAAACUGGUUUCUACAGCUUUCUGGGUUUCAAGUUAAUUGGGUUUCAGCAAGCAAGAAAUCUCAACAUUAUGGGCUGGCCAUUUGUUGAAUGACAUUAACAUAGUUUAUGGAUAUGUUUGCUUGCAAGUUUCUGAAAGCCAUGAAACUCCUUGAUGAAACAGGAAAUCGACAUAAGCGUGUUACUGAAAGCUACAAUUGUCUGUGUCAGUUUUAUAAUUUAUUAAAUAUUUCCGCUUUCCUAAAGGAUCUUGGAAUGCAAAGGUGUUCUGAUAAGUUAUUAAUAUGUCACUUAUUUUUAUGUCGACAGCUGUGCUGUUCUACUUGGUACAACUUUAAGUGUUUCCAUUGAUAUGUUAAGGCAAGUAGAAAAUUACAUUGUUGCCUCAGUAAGCAAACACAUUUUGUUUGCUAAUGGGUGCUUGUUUUCACACGUCUCGUUUUUAGUAAUUUCUAUUCACUUUACCUUAAAAAAUGUUUUUUUUUGCAGUAAAUCGGUUCAGUUUCUUGUGAAAGGAAACAGCCUGCACUUUCUCCAAGGCCGCGGCAGUUCCUUUCAGCGACUCACAGUCUUAAAUUUCAUAAAUUGUCAUCUGACUUCAGUGCAGUACAACAGGGCACACAUUUUAAAGUCCUGUUAACUAGACGGAAAGUAUUUUUAAACCAUAUUUUUAAGGUUUGCUUUCAGUACAGUGGUGCCCCGCAAGACGAAUGCCUCGCAAGACGAAAAACUCGCUAGACGAAAGAGUUUUCCGUUUUUUGAGUCGUUCCGCAAGACGAAUUUCCCUAUGGGCUUGCUUCGCAAGACGAAACGUCUUGCGAGUUCUUGCGAGUUUGUUUCCUUUUUCUUAAAGCCGCUAAUAGCCGCUAAGCCGCUAAUAGCCGUGCUUCGCAAGACGAAAAAACCGCAAGACGAAGAGACUCGCGGAACGGAUUAAUUUCGUCUUGCGAGGCACCACUGUAUUGCCUUAGGCUAAAUUAUAGCAUUUAAACACAGACUGAACAUCUGUCAAAUGCAAAAAUUAAUCUGUAUGAUGCUCCCCGGGCCUUGUUCAGUUUAACCGUGAUAAAGAUGCAGUUUUGCUUGGCUAUUUACACCUUUUAAGCUUGGUUUAUAAUAAGAUUUUUGUAGCAUUUUUCCAGUAUGUAGUAAGGCAAGUGGUCCACUUUUUGGUGUUGGCUGUUCCAAUGACGGCUGGUUCCUCUACUAACAUCAACUUUAUUUCGCUCGCUUUUAAUCUCGGCAUUUUAACUUCCCGCAGAUGCGACAGGGAGCCUUCCUUGUGAACAUGGCUCGAGGAGGGCUAGUAGAUGAAAAAGCACUUGCACAGGCCCUGAAGGAAGGAAGAAUACGAGGGGCAGCCUUGGACGUACACGAGUCAGAACCAUUCAGGUGAUUCUGUUUCCUGUUCAGUGCCUGUUCUAUUGCUAAACAAAAAUUAAAAGGUAAAGGGACCCCUGACCAUUAGGUCCAGUCGUGGCCGACUCUGGGGUUGCAGCGCUCAUUUCGCUCAAUUGGCCGAGGGAGCCGGCGUACCGCUUCUGGGUCACGUGGCCAGCAUGACUAAGCCACUUCUGGCAAACCAGAGCAGCGCACGGAAACGCCGUUUACCUUCCUGCCGGAGCGGUACCUAUUUAUCUACUUGCACUUCACGCUUUUGAACUGCUAGGUUUGCAGGAGCAGGGACCGAGCAACGGGAGCUCACCCCGUCGCAGGGAUUCGAACCGCCAACCUUCUGAUUGGCAAGUCCUAGGCUCUGUGGUUUAACCCACAGCGCCACCUUCUAAAUGAAGAUUCUCUGGUCCUUCCUAGAGUGUUCCAAGUGUCUCCUAUACUUGCAUCUCUUUAUUAUUAUCAGAAUAUGCAGUGACCCAGAAUAUGUUGUUUCCUGCUAUUUAUUGAAAAGAAAAUAUCAAUUAUGUGCCCCUGGUGACCAUCCUUUGCUUGCCUUCAGACCCACUGGCUCGGGUAGCAGCAGGUUCAACUUGCCCUUGCUUCUGAUUAGUAGGAAAUUAAUGGUUCUACACAAUCUUCCAAGGGUAAAAGGCAUAUUUCGUAGUAAAAAUACAUUCCCGCCUGACUGCUUGGCCUGUCCUCCAUCUAUAUUCUCUGUCCUGCAGGGCUCUGAGAUACAGGUAGUGUUUUUGGAUGAUGCGCGAGCACCUAACAGGUCCACACAAAAGUUUAGACAACACCUUGAUAGCUUCCGUGGAUUCAGUCAGCAGUGAAGUUGUGAGGAACAGAUACCUCAGAGAUGCUGUUUGAUCCAUUUCCACUAUCAAGUUUUGGCCAGGGAAGCCCACCCACCCCAGUAUACAGCUCAAUCAUACUUUCAAAAUCUGUUUGGGGUGCCAAGAUAUUGACCUGGUUGAGACUUGAUAUGAAGGCAGGGAGAAGCUGUUCAAAUGAACCAUGUUCCUCUCAUAGAACCACAGAACCAGCAACUCCAGAACUAACUCUCCCAAAAGUUUACCACAAAUACCGUAUUUUUCGCUCUACAAGACGCACCAGACCACAAGACGCACCUAGUUUUUGGAGGAGGAAAAGAAGAAAAAAAAUAUUCUGAAUCCCAGAAGCCAGAACAGCAAGAGGGAUUGUUGCGCAGUGAAAGCAGCGAUCCCUCUUGCUGUUCUGGCUUCUGGGACAGCUGCGCAGCCUGCAUUCGCUCUAUAAGACGCACACACAUUUCCCCUUUUUAGGAGGGAAAAAGUGAGUCUUAUAGAGCAAAAAAUACGGUACUUCUCUUUAAAUCUAGGCAAAUGGCUGUCUUACUGUUUUAUUACAUAUAUCUUCCUCCAGCGAACUCUAUGGAAACAUCUACUCUGAGCUUUCAAACUCUGCCUCAAUACUGUUUCCUCAAAUGCACAUGUCGUUGUUCCCAUUAUCCUCAGCACUGGCUGUGCUGUUGAGAAAUGGAAGUCGUGGGUGUUUGCAGUUCAUUUUUGGCUGUGUAUACUUAUUCUUGGGGACGCGGGUGGCGCUGUGGGUUAAACCACAGAGCCUAGGACUUGCCGAUCAGAAGGUCGGCGGUUUGAAUCCCCGCGACGGGGUGAGCUCCCAUUGCUCGGUCUCAGCUCCUGCCAACCUAGCAGUUCAAAAGCGUGAAGUGCAAGUAGAUAAAUAGGUACCGCUCCGGCGGGAAGGUACCGUAUUUUUUGCUCUAUAAGACUCACUUUUUCCCUCCUAAAAAGUAAGGGGAAAUGUGAGUGCGUCUUAUGGAGCGAAUGCAGGCUGCACAGCUAUCACAGAAGCCAGAACAGCAAGAGGGAUUGCUGCUUUCACUGCGCAGCGAUCCCUCUUGCUGUUCUGGCUUCUGAGAUUCAUAAUGGUUUUUUUCUUGUCUUCCUCCUCCAAAAACUAGGUGCGUCUUGUGGUCUGGUGUGUCUUAUAGAGCGAAAAAUACGGUAAACGGCGUUUCCGUGCGCUGCUCUGGUUCGCCAGAAGCGGCUUAGUCAUGCUGGCCACAUGACCUGGAAGCUGUCUGUGGACAAAUGCCGGCUCCCUCGGCCAGUAAAGCGAGAUGAGCGCCACAACCUCAGAGUCGGUCACAACUGGACCUAAUGGCCAAGGGUCCCUUUACCUUUUUAUACUUAUUCUUAAUAAACACACAAAAGCCUCUGUUCAGGAAGAUGAUGAUGAUUAAUUACAGUAUAAGAUGUACAGUAUAUGAUACCUUUCUUUACUUUUUCUCUCAGCUUUAGUCAGGGUCCCCUGAAGGAUGCGCCAAAUCUGAUCUGUACUCCCCACGCUGCGUGGUACAGUGAGCAGGCCUCAAUAGAGAUGCGGGAAGAAGCAGCCCGAGAGAUCCGGAAAGCUAUCACAGGUGCCAGCCAUGUUCCCCUCAGUGUUCUUUUACUGACUGUUUUACUGACUGUUCCUUUGGCUUAACAGAGCAUGCCGUUCUUCUGUAUGUAGAACAUCAGUAGUACAGUGGUACCUCGGGUUAAGUACUUAAUUCAUUCCGGGGGUCCGUACUUAACCUGAAACUGUUCUUAACCUGAAGACCACUUUAGCUAAUGGGGCCUCCUGCUGCCGCCGGAGCACGAUUUCUGUUCUCAUCCUGAAGCAAAGUUCUUAACCUGAAGUACUAUUUCUGGGUUAGUGGAGUCUGUAACCUGAAGCGUAUGUAACCCGAGGUACCACUGUACAAAGGACACCAAACUGUCUCGGAAUAACAUUUGCUAAGUGUGGCACUGCUAACUUUGCAAACGUUGACUUUUAAGCACAACUCUGAAUGUGAACUGAACACCACUGCGGUUACAAAGCUGGUGGAGCCUCACGAAAGUCAGGUUUUGUGGGGUUGUUUUGUUGCGGCAGUUUGAGGGUGUGGACCAGGUGCACACCUGACCCCAUGUGUAUUACAGUGGUACUCUAGUUACAAACGUUCUGGAGGUCCGUUCUUGACCUGAAACUGUUCUUAACUAGAGGCAUGCUUUCGCUAAUGGGGCCUCUUGCUGCUGCUGCUGCGCCGCUGACACACGAUUUCCGUUCUCAUCCUGGGGCAAAGUUCUCAACUCGAGGUAACUCUUCCAGGUUAGCGGCGUUUGUAACCUGAGGCGUUUGUAACUCAAGGUACCACUUCAUAGCGAUUCAUAUCAUACGAAUAAGAGAACUUGCCAAAUAAUAAUAAUAAUAAUAAUUUUUAUUUAUACCCCGCCCUCCCCAGCCAAGGCCGGGCUCAGGGCGGCUAACAAGCAAUAAUAAAAACAAGUUGAAUGAAUACAACUUAAAAACAAGAUUAAGAUACAACAUUAAAAUAUUGAAACAUUAAAAUAUUAAAAUGCAGCCUCAUCACAGGAGGAGAAAGGACAAAGAAAAAAGAAAGAGGGGGAGGGAAUCAAAUUGGCUCCAAGCCAAAGGCCAGGCGGAACAACUCUGUCUUACAGGCCCUGCGGAAAGAAAUCAGAUCCUGCAGGACCCUGGUCUCAUGAGACAGAGCGUUCCACCAGGCCGGAGCCAGUGUUGAAAAGGCCCUGGCUCUGGUUGAAGCUAAUCUAACUUAGGGCCCGGGACCACUAGGGUGUUGCUAUUUAUGGACCUUGAGGUCCUCCGUGGGGCAUACCAGAUGAACUGAUAACAGCCAAUGAAAAACGGGCAUUAUUAACGUGUCACGCACAUUCGCGUGCCUUUUAUUUUUAACCUGACAUUAUUUGCACAUGUGGAGUUUACUUAUGCUGCAAUAUUUAACUGUCUGGCUAGGUCGCAUUCCAGACAACCUGAGGAACUGUGUCAACAAAGAACAUUUGACUGCAGCUACACAUUGGGCCAGCAUGGACCCAGGAGUUGUUCACCCAGAGCUCAAUGGAGCUGCGUACAGGUAAGAAGUUUCUCUCACCGCCAGAUUAAUGGCGUUCCCUUUUGUCUGCUGUAGACAGCAUCCACUAUGUGUAUCUGUUGACAUGCUGACGGUGAGCUGUCAUUGUGAGGCGUCCAACUCGGGGAGAAGAGAUUCAAAAGGUUUAAACAUUUUGAGUCAAAUGCCACUCCCAUCAAAUGCUACUGCUAUAACUUCCAAAUCUCUUGUGGACAUGUGGGGGCAGCUGGUACUCCAGAAUAACCAGAUUUUAUUGGGGGAAGCUCUAGUGCAGGGGUCAGCAAACAUUUUCAGCAGGGGGCCGGUCCACUGUCCCUCAGACCUUGUGGGGGGCCGGACUAUAUUUUGGAAAAGAAAAAAAAUAAUGAACAAAUUCCAAUGCCCCACAAAUAACCCAGAGAUGCAUUUUAAAUAAAAGGACACAUCCUACUCAUGUAAAAACACGCUGAUUCCCGGACCGUCCGUGGGCCGGAUUUAGAAGGUGAUUGGACUGGAUCUGGCCCCCGGGCCUUAGUUUGCCUACUCAUGCUCUAGUGACUGAUCUCCCAUAUAAAAAGGUAAAGGGACCCCUGACCAUUAGGUCCAGUCGUGACCGACUCUGGGGUUACGGCGCUCAUCUUGCUUUAUUGGCCGAGGGAGCCGGCGUACAGCUUCCGGGUCAUGUGGCCAGCGUGACUAAGCCACUUCUGGCGAACUAGAGCAGCACACGGAAAAGCCAUUUACCUUCCCGCCGGAGCGGUACCUAUUUAUCUACUUGCACUUUGACGUGUUUUCAGACUGCUAGGUUGGCAGGAGAUCUCCCAUGUAGUUGCUGCUAAAUUGGGGGAGGGGGGGCAACUCCUUAACCCCCCCCCCCAAGAGGCAGCAACGUCAUCUGCAAGAUGUCAGAAUAGUUAACAGCCCUCCUUUAGUAAGCGAGCAAUUAAAUGCGGCAUUAAGCUACUUUUUCCUUUUUUAAUGGGAUUUCUACUUCUGGCUACCUAUUUACACAGUAGCACUCCUUUGCAUGAUUUCAUUUCUGAUUAAAAGCUUAAAAGUUGCCGGUUGGAGAUCGUUUGUUCAUGUUCAUGCAUUCAGUGAAUCUGACUUUCAGGUCGAUAGAUAUGCCUUUGACAACAGUUGUCAUGUGCUACAAGUUAAAGGUAAAGGGACCCCUGACCAUUAGGUCCAGUCGUGACCGACUCUGGGGUUGCAGCGCUCAUCUCGCUUUACUGGCCGAGGGAGCUGCGUUUGCCCACAGACAGUUUUUCCGGGUCAUGUGGCCAGCAUGACUAAGCCGCUUCUGGCGAACCAGAGCAGCGCACAGAAACGCCGUUUACCUUCCCACCAGAGCGGUACCUAUUUAUCUACUUGCACUUUGACGUGCUUUCGAACUGCUAGGUGGGCAGGAGCUGGGACCGAGCGAUGGGAGCUCACCCCACUGUGGGGAUUCGAACAGCCGACCUUCUGAUCAGCAAGUUCUAGUGUGGUUUAACCCACAGCGCCACCCGCGUCCCUGUGCUACAAGUUACUCUUUCUUAAAUUUUGUAGGAAAACCUCUUCACACACACACAAUAAAAUAAAAUAAAAAGCCACACUGGGUCUCAACAGAUCUCUGACGCGUGCUCUCCUUUCUCUCAGCAGGUAUCCUCCCGGGGUCGUCAGCGUGGCUCCACCUGGCCUACCUACCGCCGUAGAAGGAAUAGUCCCCAACGCCAUGUCCUUAUCGCAUGGGCUUCCUCCUGUCGCCCACCCUCCCCACGCUCCUUCUCCGGGCCAGACAGUCAAACCGGAAGCUGAUAGAGACCACCCUAACGACCAGUUGUAGCCUAAGAAAACAUCAUUCCCAGCACGGGCAACUGUGGAAAGCGUGCGGAAAACCGAUUGGACUUUGAAUAGAUGCAAAAUCAUGAACAUACAGAGGCGGCCAUAUUAUGUUUUAGACAGUGGUCCAAAAUGCAGUAUAACGAGAAAUGGUGGGAGAUGAAAGAUUUGAAAACUUUAUUCCUCCAUAUAAAAAUGUAGUUUGUCCCUGUUCAGUGACCUGACUCACUGUUUCUGUGUCCUAUGGGUUCUUUGUUAAGCCAGAGAAGUUAGUAGUUUAAUUAUAUCAUGAAUGUACUUGUCUGUGUACAGUUUUUAGAACAUUAACAAGGGUUUGUUUGCUUAGUUGUCAACAAGAAAAAAAAUAUAUAUAAGGGAGGCAUUCGACAAACCAUUUUUGAGAUUUGGGAUCCUUUGUUUUUUAUAUGUUUAAAAAUGCCUAAAAGCGAAGCAGUUGGUGAACUUCUCAGGACAACGAUUUUUCCCAUUUUUCUUUCUAUGCCACGCAGUGCAUUGUUUUUUCUACCUUCUUGUCUUAUUUUUUUAGAAUAAUUUAAUAAAGUAAAAACAGUUUCUCCUAAUUUCGGCACAAAUUCCCCUUAUUUCAGAAUGAAGACAUUUCAAAGAGAUUUUGAGGUGCAAAAUAAAAGUUUUUUUUUAAUAAACGAGCAUUAUGCUUUUUGUCACCGGUUAAUAUAUAUUAUUGGUGGGAUGCAGAGAGAGAGAGAGAGAGAGAUUGAGAGAGGCACUAGACUACUGAAAAGUAGCUGCAUUUCAUUGCCUACAUGGAUUCCUUCCUGGUAAUGUGGUAGGCUAGCAAUAUUUUGGGUUAAAAUCAUGUUUGUGACUGUGUCCAUUUGUAUGAAUUAUUAUUUUCAAGAAAUAAAAAUUCCAAACAAAUACCAUGUGCACCAUAUAUAUGUAUAUAUACAUAUUUAUUUCGGGGUGAUUCUUCAUCUUUUAUGAGGAUUAAGAGAUACUUCAUGCCUAGGUUUAUUUUGCUCUGAUUGUUGUAAGGCUUUCUCGGAAGAACAACAACAUCAUUAAAUGCUGUUCUUUUAAAUACAGUAUUUUACAGCAAGGGACGUGGGUGGUGCUGUGGGUUAAACCACAGAGCCUAGGACUUGCCAAUCAGAAGGUUGGCAGUUCGAAUCCCUGCGAUGGGGUGAGCUCCCGUUGCUCGGUCCCUGCUCCUGCCAACCUAGCAGUUCGAAAGCACGUCAAAGUGCAAGUAGAUAAAUAGGUACCACUCCAGCGGGAAGGUAAACGGCGUUUCCGUGCGCUGCUCUGGUUCGCCAGAAGCAGCUUAGUCAUGCUGGCCACAUGACCCGGAAGCUGGCUCCCUUUGCCAAUAAAGCGAGAUGAGCGCCGCAACCCCAGAGUCGUCCACGACUGGACAUAAUGGUCAGGGCUCCCUUUACCUUUACCUAUUUUACAGCAAGGAUAGGGAUUUGUUUGGCCUUCAGCUCGGACUCCCCAGCCUUUGCAGCCAUUGUCAAUGGUUAAGGAAAACGGAAGCUGAAAUCUAACAGCAAAUGGAAAAUGACAGCUUCUGCAUCUCUGUUUUUACUGACUGGAAAGCUGGAAAUGAUGUAUUGGAAAAGAACAGCUUUCGUUUCAUUUUUUCCAACUAUGCGAAUCGGUUUUCUUACAUCUUGGGACAUAAAGUUUUGGUUUUGAAAGAGCAUCAACUAGCCACAGAACAGCCAGCUUUUUAUAUAUCUAUUUCUCAUUGCAAACUAAUAUAACAGUGGCAUAAACAUUUCAUGUGCAUAUUAAAAAAACUAGUUUGAGUAAGAAUAAACGGAUUAAAUAUGGAACACAAUCCUACUGGAAAUGUUUCCAUAUUUCAUACACCCUUCCCCACCGUCCUUCCUUCACCUCAGUCAGCCACUGAAGCAAAUUAUGGUGAAAUAAAAACCUGGUGAAAGGAUCACUCUUUAUUUUACACUAUUUUCUGCAAAAGGAGCAGCCAGCAAUACUAUUGGGUUUUGAAUAUGCUCUGUUGAUGCCCAUAAAUGUUCAUUUUUCUUCUUCUUCCCCUUAGAUCUUGUAAUUACAUUCCUAUCUUUUGAUUAAAUGAUGGCUUCCACAUUUUCGCAUU